AUGACUCUGAACCCUACCAGUCGCUUUGAGCCCAAGUGGCCCAAUACUGUGGCUCUCAUUAUUUUGCUUCUUCAAGACAGUUUAUUAGGUUCACGAAAAUUGAUCGCUCCUACAGACAGUGAGUCACGUGGCCGUGGCUUGCUAUAUAAAGCAGGCAGACAGGCAUCGAGGCAUUCAGUUACUGUUUGAUUGAACGUUAGAAUGGGCAAAACGAGUGACCUAAGCGACUUUGAGCGUGGUAUGAUCGUUGGUGAAACUGACGCCCUCCUAGGCUUUUCAUGCACGACAGUGUCUAGGGUUUACCGAGAAUGAUACGACAAAUAAAAAACAUCCAGUCGGCGGCAGUCCUGUGGGCGAAAACAGCUUGUUGAUUAGAGGUCGAAGGAGAAUAGCAAGAAUCAUGCAAGCUAACAGGCGUGCCACAAACUGACAAAUAACGGCGCAGUUCAACCAACAGUGGUGUGCAGAACGGCAUCUAGGAAUGCACAACUCGUCAAUCCUUGUCACAGAUUGGCUAUGGCAGCAGACAACCACACCGGGUUCCACUGCUAUCAGCUAAAAACAAGAAGAAGCGGCUCCAGUGGGCAGGCGAUCACCAACACUGGACAAUUGAGGAGUGGGAAAAACAUUGCCUGGAACAUGACAGAGAGUUCAGUUCACUUGAAUGGCCUGCGCAGUCCCCAGACCUCAACCCAAUAGAGCAUCUUUGGGAUGAGAUGGAAUGGGCUGUUCGCAGCAUGAAUGUACCGCCGUCCAAUCUGCAGCAACUGCGUGAUGCCAUUGCGUCAGCAUGGACCAACAUCCCUGUGGAAUGUUUUUUACACCUUGUAGAAUUCCCCGAAGAAUUCCGGCUGUUCUGCAGGCAAAGGGGGGUCCGACCCGGUACUAGAUGGGUGUACCUAAUAAAGUGUAUAUUGUACAUCAACCAAACUCAUUAUAGCUUGGUUUGUAGUCAAUUACACAGGCCUAGUACCUAUAGAACCUCAAAGUCUCAAGGCUCAGGUUUUAAGGUGUGACUACUGACUAAAAGAAGUAGGCUAAGCAAGAAGAUACUGAACUUGUCAAAUUAAUUCAUUGGCGUGCACAUUUAGGGUGUUAACUCCAGAUUCUUUGAAUUAGAUUCCGGUUUGGCUCUCAGCUGGAUGUCCUCUGUUGGGUGUAUACGUCUUCACAUUUGCUGCAAAAAAAGAUGCUCAGCUUUUGUAUUGGGUACUGAUAAAUGAAUGGCAUUACAAUGGAUUUAUACACUGAGUAUACCAAAUAUUAGGAACACCUUCCUAAUAUUGAGUUGCACCCCCUCCUUUUUCCCUCCGAACAGCCUCAAUUCGUCAGGCCAUGGACUCUACAAGGUGACUCCAAUGCUUCCCACAAUUGUGUCAAGUUGGCUGGAUGUCCUUUGGGUUGUGGAUCAUUCUUGAUACACACAGGAAACUGUUGAGCAUGAAAAACCCAGCAGUGUUGCAGUUCUUGACACAAACCGGUGCGCCUGGCACCUACCACCAUACCCCGUUCAAAGGCACUUAAAUAUUUUGUCUUGCCCAUUCACCCUCUGAAUGACACACAUACACAAUCCAUGUCUCAAUUGUCUUUCACCUAGAUUCACCUGGUGAAUGUUUUGUAUACUCAGUGUAUGCAUGUUUCAACACAAUUUCCCUAGGUCAUAGCAAAUAUAGUACGCUGCUCUUCGUGCCUCUCAAACUAAGCUAUUGCAGUCUUAAAAUACCUGGGAGACCUGGUAGUAAGGUUAUACUGGAGGGUCUGACUGAUGCCUGUUGAUGGGUAGAUAGAUGGCUGUGUGGAUACCUUUACUGGAGGUGUACAUCCCCAGAAAGAUCUGUGGGAGCUGGGACUGGGGUCAGAGGUUCUGGGCUGGGUUUGACUGGGCUUGCUGGGCUUGAUUUGACUGGAAUGGGCUGGGCUGGGCCGGCUACUGAAAGAGGCCUCUAUUGUUUAGCGAGGUGCUGAGAGGCCCGGACAGCCUGUUCUCCCCUCUUCCUCCGGAAGAUGAUGUCAGAGGAACAAACCCUCAGACAGGGUGAUGUUAUGCAACCCCCCCUACCCACAAGCUCUCGAUUAAGUUCACUAACACAAGGUCACAGAAGGAGUGGGGGUCUGGGGUGUUGAAACAGUGCCCCUGUUGGCUGACUUUGACUCUGGGAUGGCUUCCCAUAAGGCUGUCUGCCUGUUGUGCUCUUUUCUCCUGCACAUGUUCUUUCUUUCUCUCUCUCUCCCCCUCUCUCUCUCCUCUUUCUUUCUCAAUCUCUGCUGUCUCGCUCUGUCCUCUUUUUUCUUUCUCUCUCCUCUCUUUCACUCUCUCUGCACAAUAGCCUUUCCAGAGUGAAGAAGCAGAAUGCUACGCUCUUCCUCCAGCGGGGGGGGUGUCUAAUCUUGUCAUCACUGGGAGACGUAAAGGCUAAGCCCGUUUACUGUAGUGCUGCAGGCCUUUUCAUUGGCCCUUGGAAGCACACAGCUCACUCCUCAUUGGCUGGACACUUGUCUGUCACAGAGACCCUUUGUUAACCCCUGCUCAGCCAAGCCCCCCUCAGACAAGGUGUCAUUGGUCAGUGUGUCAGAACACUGGUCAUGUUCGUAGAUAAUGUGUCAGGGACACUUAGCCUGAACUUAAGCCCCUUGACCCCACUGUUGUUGACCACGGCAGUCUUGUAAUGCUUGUUGCUGUGAGAAUCUAGAACCACGUGUCAAAAUCUUUCCAUGGAGGGCCGAGUGUCUGCAGGUUUUCGCUCUUCCCUUGUACUUGAUUGAUGAAUUAAGGUCACUAAUUAGUAAGGAACUCACCUCACCUGGUGGUCUAAGGCUUAAUUGAAAGGAAAAAUCUAAACCAGCAGACACUAGGCCCUCCAUGGAAUGAGUUUGACACCCCUGAUCUAAACAGUAGUCAUUUUCACUUCUUGGAGUCCAGAGGGACAGUUGAAAAGCAAAACCUCCCAUUUUGUUAAAUAAAUCCAACACAGCCUGUCAUGUGCUGUUCAGAUUGAUGGUCCAAUUUACUUGACAGUUAGUACACUCAGCCAUUUCCUGACCGAAACGUUCCCCUGCCACUAGGAAGGAAAUAGGCCACAUCAUCAUGUCUCAAGCCCUCAUACAAAAACAAUGACCUUGUACAAUGACUAUCUAUCUAAGACUAAAUCUAUCGAAAAUAGGAGAGAAAGUAGCACAAGCACACAGCAUUAGAGACAGCAUGGUAGAUGGAUGGACGGACGGUGAUGUGUAUGACGAGGAAGGAAGGAAAGAUGGGAGCUCCAGGGAAUAACUGCUCACAUAGGAAAAGAGAUGGUUGUUUGUUUGGGAAACUGUUUCUGUCAGUGAGAGUAAAUAGGAAGGAAGCGAUCUCAGUGGGACACGGCUAGAGAGGUCAGACUUCAAUGGAAUGCACCCAGUGGAAUGCAAGGCAUCAGAAUGUGUCCCAAGUGGCACCCUAUUCCUUUUAUAGUGCACUAGGGCUCCAUAGGGCCCUGAACAAAAGUAGCACACCAUAAAGGGAAUAGGGUGCGAUUUGGGACGCAGCUCUACAUCCUCUGUUGUUGACAUUGGUGCACAUCAAACAUCUGACCAUGUACUCAGGAUUGACUUGGUCACAGUAUCAUAGUAAUUUGGGGAUUACAGUUGUUCUUUUUUAAAACUCAUUCCUGAUCCUUUGGUUAGCCUCUCCAUUUUAUCAUUCACGCUGUCAGUGUGCAGUUAUUUGUUUUAUACAUCCAUUUCUCUUGCGUGUGGGCGUCCUUGUUGUUGGUGGUGUUUGUGUGUGCGUGUGGGCGUCCUUGUUGUUGGUGGUGUUUGUGUGUGCGUGUGGGCGUCCUUGUUGUUGGUGGUGUUUGUGUGUGCGUGUGGGCGUCCUUGUUGUUGGUGGUGUUUGUGUGUGCGUGUGACCAUGUAUGGUGUCUGCUUGUUGUUGUAAUUCAGCGUACGUGGCAGUGUAGUCUGUGACCCAGUGCUCUGAGGGUAAAGUGCCCACUGCCUCCUGUCUAAUCCGACAGGUCAUUAUCAAUAAAACCUAACAAUAGUGUUGGAUUUUGCUGCUGGGGGGCAAGGAGACCUCCAGCUCCGCUAAAACCAUUGACAACUACAUGCCGUUUUCAAGGCUUGUUAAAUAAAUGUUAUAACUAUUUGGUUUGAAUAUCAUCACCUCUUGACGAGCAUAGUCUGAACUACACAUUUCCAAUUAUUCAACAUUUUGCUCCAUCGUCAGAGUUUUACAGCAUUCGGUAAACAUAAAUGGAUCAUGUAUUUGCAGAUACGUGAGUGUAGCCAGAUCAAUUUAACAUGUAGCUAGCUAAAGCAAACAACGUGUCAUUUAGCUUGCUUCAUCAGAGAUUAGGCAUCAGCGCUAGACAUCAUCCUGGUGAAAUUGCCAGUCGGACUACUGUCCUCACCGCUAUAGAUGGCAAGCAUAUCAAACAAUAUUUGGAUAUAGCCAUCUAGUUUAUCCCCUGAAAGUUAGCUUGUUAACUAGCCAUAUUGACGUGAUCUGUUAUGUAGCCUAUCAUGUCUGUCACUCUUAAAAACAAUGUUGAAAAGGGGAUAAUGUUAGCCAACUUCACUAGGUAGGCCUACGGUACCAAUCAAAAGUUUGGACACACCUACUCAUUCCAGGGUUUUCUUAAUUUUUUACUAUUUUUUACAUUGUAGAAUAAUAGUGAAGACAUCAAAACUAUGAAAUAACACAUAUGGAAUCAUGUAGUAACCAAAAAAGUGUUAAACAAAUCUACUACUAAUACUUUGAAGAAUCUCAAAUAUAAGGCAAAUCAAACAUUCUGCACCUUAUUGUGACGUUUUAUUGAUUACGAUCUAUUAUAAACAGUUCUUCUGUCUCUUGUUGUUACGUGUCUCUAAUCCUAAAUGCAAUACAACAGCAUCAGUCAGUGUUGUUGAUCAGAUGAUGGCGCUACAGCAGAUGUUGUUGAUCAGAUGAUGGUGCUACAGCAGAUGUUGUUGAUCAGAGGAUGGUGCUACAGCAGAUGUUAAUCAGAGGAGGGUGCUACAGCAGAUGUUGUUGAUCAAAGGAUGGUGCUACAGCAGAUGUUGUUAAUCAGAGGAUGGUGCUACAGCAGAUGUUGUUGAUCAGAUGAUGGUGCUACAGCAGAUGUGUUGUUGACGGCUGCUUGACCACACUGCCCCUGACUCUUAGCUGUGUGGUAGUCAUAAGAGUACUCGCAGUGAAGCGGUUACCAUGACAAACCAUCAUGGGACGGCCUCCUCCACAGGCUUUAGCCGGAGGUGAAGAGCUCUGUUAUACAGUGCCUUGCAAAAGUAUUCAUCCCCCUUGGCGUUUUUCCUAUUUUGUUGCAUUACAACCUGUAAUUUAAAUGGAUUUUUAUUUGGAUUUCAUGUAAUAGACAUACACAAAAUAGUCCAAAUUGGUGAAGUGAAAUGAAAAAAAUAACUUGUUUCAAAGAAUUCUAAAAAAUUAAUAAUGGAAAAGUGGUGUGUGCAUAAGUAUUCACCCCCUUUGCUAUGAAGCCCCUAAAUAAGAUCUGGUGCAACCAAUUACCUUCAGAAGUCACAUACAGUGGGGGAAAAAAGUAUUUAGUCAGCCACCAAUUGUGCAUGUUCUCCCACUUAAAAAGAUGAGAGAUGCCUGUAAUUUUCAUCAUAGGUACACGUCAACUAUGACAGACAAAAUGAGAAAAAAAAUCCAGAAAAUCACAUUGUAGGAUUUUUUAUGAAUUUAUUUGCAAAUUAUGGUGGAAAAUAAGUAUUUGGUCAAUAACAAAAGUUUCUCAAUACUUUGUUAUAUGCCCUUUGUUGGCAAUGACACAGGUCAAACGUUUUCUGUAAGUCUUCACAAGGUUUUCACACACUGUUGCUGGUAUUUUGGCCCAUUCCUCCAUGCAGAUCUCCUCUGCAUGGAGGGGGUUUUGGGGCUGUCGCUGGGCAACACGGACUUUCAACUCCCUCCAAAGAUUUUCUAUGGGGUUGAGAUCUGGAGACUGGCUAGGCCACUCCAGGACCUUGAAAUGCUUCUUACGAAGCCACUCCUUCUUUGCCCGGGCGGUGUGUUUGGGAUCAUUGUCAUGCUGAAAGACCCAGCCACGUUUCAUCUUCAAUGGCCUUGCUGAUGGAAGGAGGUUUUCACUCAAAAUCUCACGAUACAUGGCCCCAUUCAUUCUUUCCUUUACACGGAUCAGUCGUCCUGGUCCCUUUGCAGAAAAACAGCCCCAAAGCAUGAUGUUUCUACCCCCAUGCUUCACAGUAGGUAUGGUGUUCUUUGGAUGCAACUCAGCAUUCUUUGUCCUCCAAACACGACGAGUUGAGUUUUUACCAAAAAGUUAUAUUUUGGUUUCAUCUGACCAUAUGACAUUCUCCCAAUCCUCUUCUGGAUCAUCCAAAUGCACUCUAGCAAACUUCAGACGGGCCUGGACAUGUACUGGCUUAAGCAGGGGGACACGUCUGGCACUGCAGGAUUUGAGUCCCUGGCGGCGUAGUGCGUUACUGAUGGUAGGCUUUGUUACUUUGGUCCCAGCUCUCUGCAGGUCAUUCACUAGGUCCCCCCGUGUGGUUCUGGGAUUUUUGCUCACCGUUCUUGUGAUCAUUUUGACCCCACGGGGUGAGAUCUUGCGUGGAGCCACAGAUCGAGGGAGAUUAUCAUUGGUCUUGUAUGUCUUCCAUUUCCUAAUAAUUGCUCCCACAGUUGAUUUCUUCAAACCAAGCUGCUUACCUAUUGCAGAUUCAGUCUUCCCAGCCUGGUGCAGGUCUACAAUUUUGUUUCUGGUGUCCUUUGACAGCUCUUUGGUCUUGGCCAUAGUGGAGUUUGGAGUGUGACUGUUUGAGGUUGUGGACAGGUGUCUUUUAUACUGAUAACAAGUUCAAACAGGUGCCAUUAAUACAGGUAACGAGUGGAGGACAGAGGAGCCUCUUAAAGAAGAAGUUACAGGUCUGUGAGAGCCAGAAAUCUUGCUUGUUUGUAGGUGACCAAAUACUUAUUUUCCACCAUAAUUUGCUAAUAAAUUCAUUAAAAAUCCUACAAUGUGAUUUUCUGGAUGUUUUUCUCUCAAUUUGUCUGUCAUAGUUGAUGUGUACCUAUGAUGAAAAUUACAGGCCUCUCUCAUCUUUUUAAGUGGGAGAACUUGCACAAUUGGUGGCUGACUAAAUACUUUUUUCCCACACUGUAUUCGUCGCCAAACCCACUGGCUCCAGGCCAUCUAUAUAUCACUGCUAGGCAAAUCCCUGCCUUAUCUUAGCUCAUUGGUCAACAUAGCAACACCCACCCGCAGUAUGCGCUCCAGCAGGUAUAUCUCACUGGUCAUCCCCAAAGCCAAUACCUCCUUUGGCUGCCAUUCCUUCCAGUUCUCUGCUGCCAAUGACUGGAACGAACUGCAAAAAUCUCUGAAGCUUGUGAUAUUAGUUUUUGUUAAUAUCGCCCACCCCUAAGUGGUACUCAGUGAUGUUGUGUUGGAUUUGCCCCAAACAUAAGGCUUUGUAUUCAGGACAAAAAGUUAAUUUGUUUGCUGCAUUUUUUGCUGUUUUACGUGCGUUUUGCAAACAGGAUGCCUGUUUUGGAAUAUUUGUAUUCUGUACAGGCUUCCUUCUUUUCACUCUGCCAUUUAAGUUAGUAUUGUAGAGUAAAUACAAUGUUGUUGAUCCAUCCUCAGUUUUUUUCAUAUCACAACCAUUAAACUCUGUAACUGUUUUAAAAUCACCAUUGGCCUCAUGGUGAAAUCCCUGAGCAGUUUCCUUCCUUUCCGGCAACUGAGUUAGGAAGGACGCCUGUAUCUUUGUAGUGACUGGGUGUAUUGAUACGCCAUCCAAAGCCUAAUUAAUGACUUCACCAUGCUCAAAUGGAUAUUCAGCGUCUGCUUUUUUUAUUUGUACACAUUUACCAGUCGGUGCCAUUCUUUGCAAGGCAUUGAAAAACCUCCCUGGUCUUUGUGGUUGAAAGGUGUUUGAAAUGUACUACUCAACUGAGGGACCUUACAUAUAAUUGUGUGUGUGUGGGGGGGGUACAUGUUAACCAAUAAUUAUUGAACACUGAAUGAGUCCAUGCGACUUAUAAUGCGAGUUGUUAAGCACAUUUUUAUUCCUGAGCUUAUUUAUGCUUUUCAGCUUUACAUUUUUUAUUAAUACAAAAAAAGAAAUAUACAAAAAAACAAUCCACUAUGACUAUAUGGGGUAUUGUGUGUAGAUCAAUUACACAAAAUAUCAGUUUAAUCAAUUUUAAAUUCAGGCUGUAAAUCAACAAAAUGUGGAAAAGGUAAAGGUUUGUGAAUACUUUCUGAAUGCACAGUAGGUAGGCUAUAAUGCAUCAUUAUGCAGUUAUAAUCAAUGAAUUGUCAUUAGCAUGCCAUGUAUCACUCUGUCUUAUUAUCAUCUCAUAAUGAUCCUGAUAGACAUAAUAUAGCCUUAUACUGUAUAAGCCAUUUAAUGUAUGCUCAUAACAAGUUAUAACACAUUAUACCUGCAGUACCUAUAAAGUAUUAACAAUCUGCUUUAUGCUUCCUGACUGAUCCAGCAGUUAUCCAGGUACGCCUUCAGAAACAUUGCUAGUUGAAUGCUAAUAUCUUAUAUUUGGCAGAGCAUGCAGUCAGGGGUAUUUGAAGCCCAUUUGUUCUCACUGUUAAUUCAGUUUCCUCCACUCUCUUUUCCAUCACCUAGGCCGCAAAACGCUUUCAUCCAUCACCGGCUGACAGCGUGAUGCGCAUCAGCGCACACCAACUUCCCAGCGCACCCACAGGGCCAUGCAAUCUACCCAUAGACAGGGAACAUGGGCCAAGGAACGGCUAAUGUUUUACUUCUGGAGUAGGCUUGGGAUAAAUAUACUGAUUUAUUUGACAAAUUAUAAUAUAAUAUAUUUUAGGAACUCAGUUGGGGUCUCAAGUUACUGUUGAGAGUAAGAAUAGUAAAAUACACCAGGUGAAAUUUCAGAAUUUGGUUGUGCAUCAGCAGUUUUUCUCUUAUGUCAGUCACUCAAUUAGCUGACAAUUAGCCAUGUCAAUUUUUCUAUUGGUAGUUAGUCUAGCCAGCUAUCUAAACUUGCAGUAAUCAUGUCCGAAUACCGACUGGGCACGCAGGGCACGUGCCCAGGGGCCCUGACCUCCAGGGGGGCCCCAUUUUGAUUUUGUUAGUCAUUCUCACUCCGAUAUCAUAUUAACAUGGUGGAAGUCUUGGCAAAAUGUGUAGAAUUGUAGGAAUUUAGCUUUAAAGGUUCCCACCAGAGGGCAAUGCCGCCCCUAUUUCGACGUAAUUCCUGUCCUAUAGCAGAAAUUGUCAUUUAGGUUCCACCUCUGAAGAAUGACGCAGGCUGCUAAUGCAUAUUCAUGAAUCGGGGGUGGGAACAAGUGGAGAAAUAACAACAAGUAGGGUACUGACAGCUGACAGUGUAGCUAUCUAGCAUGCUAACCUUACCUACAUAGCUAGCUAAUGUUAUCGAUUGUUGCUACACUGUAUUCAAAAGAUUAGCCAAAUGGUUGGGCUGGUUCUGGAGCUGGAUUUGUAAUAAGCAUUUAGGAAAAACGCUGCCGUGGAUGGAUAGGGGAAACCAGUAUCUUUGACUUCGCCAUCUAUUGUUAUCUCCAAAAUGUUGGCAUGUUCCAUAAAUUGCGACUGUGAAUACGCCAUAGAAAGAGUGCCUCCCGAGUGGCGCAGUGGUCUAAGGCACUGCAUCGCAGUGCUAGCUGUGCCACUAGAAAUCCUGGUUUGUAUCCAGGCCCUGUCGUAGCCGGCCGCGACCGGCAGACCCAUGGGGCGGCGCACAAUUGGCCCAGCGUCGUCCAGGGUAGGGGAGGGAAUGGCCGCCAGGGAUGUAGCUCAGUUUGUAGAGCAUGGCGUUUGCAACGCCAGGGUUGUGGGUUCGAUUCCCACGGGGGCCAGUAUGAAUUUUUUUAAAGAAUAAUGCACUCACUAACAGCAAUGCCAAGUCAGCCCGUGCUCAUGCCAUAGUUCUUACAGCUAGGGGAAGUGAAAUGAUAGGCUACAGUAACUUUGCUCAUGAUGCACGCCUCUAAUGAUAUGUAACAACACCCUGAGCACAUCGGACACGAAACGAAAUACCAAUACAAAUGUAACAGCACAAAAUAGAUAAUAAACAACUUUGUGGAAUUUUCUUUCUUUUUAUUAUAGUAUAUACACUUGUGAUUUCUAGCUUCACCAAUCAAACAGUGGAGCGUGGUCAAAACCAUUCAUCUUGGGGUGACAGGGGAGCGGGGUUCCAAAAUGCAAUCAUAUCACAUGAAAUUUGACCAUUUAUGAAAUGGUCAUAUAUAUAUAUUUUUUUAUAAUUGCAGGAGAUUUACUUUAAAACGUACAUUUUUCUCUCCACCUUCAAGAGAGGGUCCACUAAAAAAAUUGUCUGCAAGGGGGGUCCCCCCAACCAAAUCUCGCUUAGGGCGCCCAAAAGGCUAGAGCCAGCCAUGCAUGUCAACAAUUAACUAUUUGGUAUUUUCUUAUUGCGCGCAGUAUUGAGGCGAAAUGUUGUCACAGUCCCUGAUUUGAAAUACAGAUUUGGAUAGAUGGUAGUCAUUUUCAUAUUUUCCAAACAUACUUCAGGUUGAUCAUUUAUUUAAACAGAUUGAAGGCAAUGACAGUUUCAGACCCUCACACGCACCAACUGUCACACAGAGUCUCCACAUGGUAAACUGGCGAUGAUGUAAUCUUGAAACGUAUUUGCUUGAGCUAUGGAAAUUUGGCGAGGAUAGAGAAAAGAGGGGGAGGAGGGAGAGAUUUAGCAGGGAUUUGGCCUACAGUACUGUCGUGGCACAGUAGCCUAGCUGCGGACUCAUGCGCUAAGAAAACAAUGUACCUUUGCUUUAACACAGGCGAUUUGAGUCAUACGGGAUCUGUCACUAUUUCAAAACCACUGUGGAGUCGGACGCACAUGCAGUCUAUUUGUUUUGGAUGUCAUUUUCCGUAGUGGGCAGAUAUAGCAACAGUCAGCAACGGAUUUGACAGGCGCGCAACCUUAUACUCAAACCUUGCCCACACUCCUGCCUGCUUUCUCGGGUGUGCACAACCGCCUCCUCAGCCGCAUCUCCGGAUGGUCCUCCCGGCGGCCAGUCUAUACCCGCCCAGUGCUGGAGAGCGAGUCGGAGUGGCUAGCCUACUGAUGACAGCGCAGAGAUGAGCUCGGGCAGAUGAACGCCACAUUUACUGCUUGUCCUGCGCGAGCCAGGGCUAUCCGGUUUUGGUAAACGGACUACAGUGAUAAGACAACGCACUGCUACAUACAACCUUUCUGAAGAUACUUUGAUAUUCUGUCAAUGGAUUGAUUUAUGUCUUGAGGAAUCUGAGUUCUGGGUGUGCGGGGUGUUUGGGACAUUGCAUGUAGGCUAUUGCGUAAGCGUGUUGCCCGUUUGGAGACUUGGAUAGUGGACAUCUUUCAAUCAUGGCCAGCAUGAAUACCUCAAAGGAUCAGCGGGUAAGUGUGCUGGCUUUACGUUGACCUAAGUAAUUAGGCAAUUAGUAUAUGGUUUAUAUUUUCAUAGGUGUUUCUAGAGGAAAUGUUGCCAUGCUUUGAUUUAGAGACUACUUGAUCAAGGCUAUAUAUGAAUUGUGCGUCCUUCUGCCACAACAUCAUGACAAGUCUGUCAUGACAUAAACACGUGACAGGUCCACUUGUAGUAGCUCAUUGUACAGCAUUGAAAGCACAUUGUUAAAAGUCGUGCCAUUUUAUGGAGACACCCCGUGGCGAUUAGUAGAUGCGUCUUUAAAAGGCAAGGAGAGCGCAUGACAUAUGCCACCAUGACCACGAACGAACGGUUCUUCUCUGUGGUGACAUUAAAGGCAUGGUAGAUCAUCCUCUAUAAAUUGACAUUAGUCAAAGACACACACAGUGUUUGGCUAUGGCAGCUCUCAUCUGGUUGGGUCACAGGGUAGAUGGGGUGUGAUUUGGGAUAGUCUGAUGUUCUGUGGGACAUUAGGAGACAUUGUCUUUUAAGUUCUGAGAACUGGGACAAUGCAGCCACUGUGCUUUUUAAUGACGUUUCAGUCAUCAAUGCAUUUCCGGACUGUGGAGAGCUUCUGUAGAUGCCUUGCGCUUCCGCCAGAGGCUAGUAGCAGUGGCCGAAUCUCUGUCCAUUUCUCUUGUACCACACUGACUUUGAUAAAGGACAAGCUAAUCUGUAUUUGAACCUGUCUUGUCAUAUACAAUCUCAAUGUCAACUUGUGUUGUUCUAUGAGCUGCUAGGUUGUCUGGGCUCCAGGCACAUGCCAGUAUCACUGGAGCGCUGCAGCAGCAUACAGAGGUUUGUGAGCUUGUUGGGAUGUAACCGCUCUUAUGAGGACUGUCUAGGACUCCUUCCUGUCGUGUGUGUGCGCGCAUAUGUGUUGCCUAUACGGAUGCAUUGUAGUCUAAUAUGGGAAAGGUCACUUGCGUUCUGACACAGCGACUGCGACAGCCAGUCUGCUCUUUUCAUCUUUUAAUUCUAGGAAUCUCUCUACAUCUCCAUUCCCUGUCAUUACUAAUCUCAGAGACAGACAGACUCUUAUCAUUAAAUCUAAAAAGGUCAUCAUGCUAGUUUCAGUAGAGAUCUCUUUUUGUGUUAGUGUAAUGAGAGGCCUACAGUCUGUGUACAUGUACUCUGCUUUCCACAAUCAAUGUAGUCACUGCAGAGAAGCAGAAUGCAGUAGCAUCCUCUCUCUCUCUUCUCUUCUCUCUUCGCUUCUCUACCUUAACGUCCCGAUCCAAUGCAUGCGACGCGAGAAGGACGGCGAGAGAGAAGAGGAAGGGAGAGAUGAGAGGAGAGAGAGAAGGGGAGAGUCGAGUCGAGAGGGAGAGUAGCUAGCGAUAAUCGAUAGAGAUAGAUCUCUCUUCUCUAUAAUCUCUCUCUCCUCUCAUCUCUCCUCCUCUCUCUCUCUUCUUCUCUAUCUCUCUGCUCUCUCUACUCUCUCUCUCUCUCUCUUCUCUCUCUCUCUCUCUCUCUCUCUCUCUCCUCCUGCUCUCUGCUCUGCUUCAGCUGUAAAGGUCAGGACAUGUUUCCUCUGUCUUUCACAUAUCUGUCAUUGUGACUCUGCCUCUGGCCACCCAGACCAGGGCUAUGUCCUGUGUGUUAAGGACCGUGACACAGGUAUGAAGUUGUAGGACUCCAAGUCAUUAAGGUUUCGAGGCUGACGUUUGGCAACUCGAAUCUUCAGCUCCCUCCACAGAUUUUCUAUGGGAUUAAGGUCUGGAGACUGGCUAGGCCACUCCAGGACCUUAAUGUGAUUCUUCUUGAGCCACUCCUUUGUUGCCUUGGCCGUGUGUUUUGGGUCAUUGUCAUGCUGGAAUACCCAUCUACAACCUAUUUUCAAUGCCCUGGCUGAGGGAAGGAGGUUCUCACCCAAGAUUUGACGGUACAUGGCCACGUGCAUCGUCCCUUUGAUGCGGUGAAGUUGUCUUGUCCCCUUAGCAGAAAAACACCCCCAAAGCAUAAUGUUUCCACCUCCAUGUUUGACAGUGGGGAUGGUGUUCUUGGGGUCAUAGGCAGCAUUCCUCCUCCUCCUCCAAACACGGCGAGUUGAGUUGAUGCCAAAGAGCUCGAUUUUGGUCUCAUCUGACCACAACACUUUCACCCAGUUCUCCUCUGAAUCAUUCAGAUGUUCAUUGGCAAACUUCAGACGGGCUUGUAUAUGUGAUUUCUUGAGCAGGGGGACCUUGCGGGCGCUGCAGGAUUUCAGUCCUUCACGGUGUAGUGUGUUACCAAUUGUUUUCUUGGUGACUAUGGUCCCAGCUGCCUUGAGAUCAUUGACAAGAUCCUCCCGUGUAGUUCUGGGCUGAUUCCUCACCAUUCUCAUGAUCAUUGCAACUCCACGAGGUGAGAUCUUGCAUGGAGCCCCAGGCUGAGGGAGAUUGACAGGUAUUUUGUGUUUCUUCCAUUUGCAAAUAAUCGCACCAACUGUUGUCACCUUCUCACCAAGCUGCUUGGCGAUGGUCUUGUAGCCCAUUCCAGCCUUGUGUAGGUCUACAAUCUUGUCCCUGACAUCCUUGGAGAGCUCUUUGGUCUUGGCCAUGGUGGAGAGUUUGGAAUCUGAUUGAUUGAUUGCUUCUGUGGACAGGUGUCUUUUAUACAGGUAACAAACUGAGAUUAGGAGCACUCCCUUUAAGAGUGUGCUCCUAAUCUCAGAUCGUUACCUGUAUGAAAGACACCUGGGAGCCAGACAUUUUCUGAUUGAGAGGGGGUCAAAUACUUAUUUCCCUCAUUAAAAUGCAAAUCAAUUUAUAAAAAAUUUUACAUGCGUUUUUCUGGAUUUUUUUGUUGUUAUUCUGUCUCUCACUGUUCAAAUAAACCUACCAUUAAAAUGAUAGACUGAUCCUUUCUUUGUCAGUGGGCAAACGUACAAAAUCAGCAGGGGAUCAAAUACUUUUUUCCCUCACUGUAUAAUUAGGACAUGUGACAUCCUGGCAACACUUUUCAUAUCGGAGUUGUGCCUGGUCGUCACUAGUUACCACAGCCACAAAGUCAUAAACCCUGCCUAUUUCUGCCAUUUCUCUUCUUAAAAUAUGAUUUUAACCUUAACCUAACCUUAACCAUAUUGCUAACCUUAUGCCUAACCUUAACCAUACUGCUAACCUUAUGCCUAACCUUAACCACACUGCUAACCUUAUGCCUAACCUUAACCAUACUGCUAACCUUAUGCCUAACCUUAACCACACUGCUAACCUUAUGCCUAACCUUAACCAUACUGCUAACCUUAUGCGUAACCUUAACCAUACUGCUAACCUUAUGCCUAACCUUAACCAUACUGCUAACCUUAUGCCUAACCUUAACCAUACUGCUAACCUUAUGCCUAACCUUCAAUUAAGACCAAAAAGCAAAUAUUUGUUUUCAUACAUUUUUAAGAUAUAGACCAUUUUAACUUUGUGGCUGUGGAAACCCUUGUGCCUUUUCUUCACAUGUGUAUCUGCCCUCUCAUUGGCUAGAGUGGUCCCACCUGACCUUGCUUCCUCCCGACUGCCUUCCAUUUUUGAAGACAUUUAUUUUCGUUGUUAGAGCAGCCGCUAGAGUAUCAGGUCAAUGUAAUGGAUCAUCUGUGUGAGAACCCAGCCACACACAUUCCACAUGCUCGGUCAACAGUGGAACAGUGUACCCUUUUUACCUCACACUCAGACAUAAAUGCAUCCUUUACUCCUUCACACAACACACACACACUGUUGCAGCUCACACAAAAUGGCACUGUUCACUGAGAUGCAUCCCAACCCUGACUCCCAUGGCAUAUUUCCCUUAGUUCUCUCUGUCCGGUCUUCUUUUUAGAAGCGGCGAAUCAUUCUGGUUGGUUUGUCCUGAUGAGCUGCAUGGUGCCUCCUACGAGUCUGUUGGUGGAGAGGUGGAGAGAUGGAGAGCAGUAUAGUUUAGACAGUCAAAGUGAUGGAUGUCUCCUGCUGAUGCUGGGGGAUAGAUUGAUGUGUAUGUAGAUAAAGACUCCAGCAGCCAGACAGGUAAUGCAGUGUUGGCAGGCAUCUCUGGCAGCAGACAGACAGGAACCAUUCAGUCAUUUUAUAUAGGCUGUCUGUCCGGCCCUCAUAUGGCCUACCUGUUGUCAUGUGUGAUUUAGUGGGAGAACAGUUCAAGGUGACCAGGGUUACACUGAUCUAUGUCUUUUGUGAAAAUGGCCUUUGAAUGUGUUGGUACUACUACUGGAGAGCCCGUCUUUGUCUACACCCAUUCAGCGUCGUUCACACCCUCUUACGCUUUAGCCCCACCCAUCUCUUUAUGGGUUGAUCUGAGCGUUCUGUCCUAACAACAGUAGUUAAGCACCCUAGCUAACUGGCUAACGUUGGCUAGCUUGCUAGGUACUUCCAGACACAAAUGAGAGAACAGCUCACUGACCACUUUACUCGCCCUAGCAGAGCUGGUUAGGCUGUCUUUAUGUUAUCCAGAGCGUUGGUGAUGGCAACUGUGCUGCUGGCAACAAUUUACACUUUUUUGCCAACGUUUACCGACACCGGCCAUAUUCAACGGGUGUUGAGCGUUCAUAAAUUUGUCAGUUAUGCUGCGCUCUGGCCCACUCAGACGAGAGUGCUCUGAAAUCGGAGUAAAUAGCCAGAGCGAAUUUACCAGCUACGUCUAUCAACAGUUUUCACAGUGACAACAUUAACAUUCUAUUGAAAUGGUUACUUGCAUAGUGGAGUCUUUUGUUAAGGCACUUUUGCAGUUAUACUACGUGAUAUAUUUUUAAAAAAGGAUUAUCUACACAUACUGACCAGCUCAUGUUGUAGACAGAAGCGUGCUACAUGGCAGACCAAUCCAAACUCAUCUCUCGGCAUGUCCAGCCCAUCCAUUAUCUCAGCCAAUCAUGGCUAGCGGGAAGGUUCCUGUCUAUUUCCGUGGCUAAACCAACUGCAGUUGAAGUCGGAAGUUUACAUACACCUUAGCCAAAUACAUUUAAACUCAGUUUUUCACAAUUCCUGACAUUUAAUCCUAUUAAAAAUGCCCUGUCUUAGGUCAGUUAGGAUCACCACUUUAUUUUAAGAAUGUGAAAUGUCAGAAUAAUACAUAUUACAGAAUAAUAGUAGAGAGAAUGAUUUAUUUCAGCUUUUAUUUCUUUCAUCACACUCCCAGUGGGUCAGAAGUUUACAUACACUAAAUUAGUAUUUGAUAGCAUUGCCUUUAAAUUGUUUAACUUGGGUCAAACAUUUCGGGGAGCCUUCCACAAGCUUCCCACAAUAAGUUGGGUGAAUUUUGGCCCAUUCCUCCUGACAGCUGGUUUGUAGGCCUCCUUGCUCGCACACACUUUUUCAGUUCUGCCCACAAAUCUUCUAUAGGAUUGAGGUCAGGGCUUUGUGAUGGCCACUCCAAUACCUUGACUUUGUUGUCCUUAAGCCAUUUUGCCACAACUUUGGAAGUAUGCUUGGGGUCAUUGUCCAUUUGGAAGACCCAUUUGCGACCAAGCUUUAACUUCCUGACUGAUGUCUUGAGAUGUUGCUUCAAUAUAUCCACAUAAUUUUCCUUCCUCAUGAUGCCAUCAAUUUUGUGAAGUGCACCAGUCCCUCCUGCAGCAAGGCACCCCCACAGCAUGAUGCUGCCACCCCGUGCUUCACGGUUGGGAUGGUGUUCUUUGGCUUGCAAGCUACCCCCUUUUUCCUCCAAACAUAACGAUGGUCAUUAUGGCCAAACAGUUCUAUUUUUGUUUAAUCAGACCAGAGGACAUUUCUCCAAAAAGUAAGAUCUUUGUCCCCAUGUGCAGUUGCAAUCCGUAGUCUGUCUUUUUUAUGGCGGUUUUGGAGCAGUGGCUUCUUCCUUGCUGAGCGGCCUUUCAGGUUAUGUCGAUAUAGGAUACAUUUUACUGUGGAUAUAGAUACAUUUGUACCUGUUUCCUCCAGCAUCUUCACAAGGUCCUUUGCUGUUGUUCUGGGAUUGAUUUUCACUUUUCGCACCAAAGUACGUUCAUCUCUAGGAGACAGAACGCGUCUCUUUCCUGAGCAGUAUGACGGCCUUGUGGUCCCAUGGUGUUUAUACUUGCAUACUAUUAUUUGUACAGAUGAACGUGGUACCUUCAGGUGUUUGGAAAUUGCUCCCAAGGAUGAACCAGACUUGUGGAGGUCUACAAUUUCUUUUCUGAGGUCUUGGCUGAUUUCUUUUGAUUUUCCCAUGAUGUCAAGCAAAGAGGCACUGAGUUUGAAGGUAGGCCUUGAAAUACAUCCACAGGUACACCUCCAAUUGACUCAAAUGAUGUCAAUUAGCCUAUCAGAAGCUUCUAAAGCCAUGACAUCAUUUUCUGGAAUUUUCCAAGCUGUUUAAAGGCACAGUCAACUUAGUGUAUGUAAACAAUUGUUGGAAAAAUUACUUGUGUCAUACACAAAGUAGAUGUCCUAACCGACUUGCCAAAACUAUAGUUUGUUAACAAGAAAUUUGUGGAGUGGUUGAAAAAUGAGUUUUAAUGACUCCAACCUAAGUGUAUGUAAACUUCCGACUUCAACUGUAGGCUCGUAAUAUAACAAUUGUAUUCGUAUUUAAAGAUGGCAUACAAGUUUGUUAUUAAGCACAUGAAAGUUCACAUGUUCCAGAAGGCAUUUCUGCCAAAAAACGCAUUAUGAUUUUUUUAAAAGAGUUUACGUUCAAAUGCCUCUCCUGUGAAGUAGUGACGCCGGGCAUAUGCCUAGUUUCCUGAAACUAGUCACAUAUAUGAUGAUGAACCCCUCAAUGUCCCGUGUGGCUCAGUUGGUAGAGCAUGGCCCUUGCAACGCCAGGGUUGUGGUUCGAUUCCCACGGGGGACCAGUACGAAAAAAAAGUAUGAAAAUGUGGAUAAGAGCAUCUGCUAAAUGACAAAAAUGUUAACGUAAUGUUAUGACAGUGUGGCAGAGCCAAAGGUCCUGCCCACAGCCUCACCACAAGCAUCUUCUACCUGCUGUCUACUUCUAUGUCUAGAGUAUGUGUGUGUUGUGUUUGAGAGAGUGUGUGUGUGUGUGCCACAGUGUCACUUCUAAAUAAGGCAGUGCAGUGACGUUAAGUCAGGGUGUGUUUGUGUAUGCAUGUUUUGGGUGUGUAGUCCAUGUGUAGUCACCCAGGGUCCAAGGUCCCCCUGCAAUGUCUGCUGGAAGUCUAUAUUAGGGGGGGGGGGGGGGGGCAGGGGGGGUUAGGGGGGGGGGUUAGAGGGGAGGGGUUUAAGGGCCAGUUAGGCCGGCUCAUCUAGCUCCAGACACAGAGAAAUGCCCCGGAUUAGAGAGUGCCAUGCAGCCACCAGCAGUGUGGCUGUGACUGUGUGUGUGUGAGGUGGGGGGGUGUAUGUGUGCCUGUCUAAAUGUGGUUCUUUGUGUGUGUGUGUAACUAUACAGACCCCACUUGGGGUGCCUGUCUCUUUCUGGCACACCAUGUCCUCCCCCUUCUCAUCCAUCUGCUCUCCUACAGCAGAUUCCUCUCUGUAGCUGUCUGUCUCUCUCUCUCUCUGUAGCUGUCUUUCUCUCUCUCUCUGUAGCUGUCUUUCUCUCUCUCUCUGUAGCUGUCUUUCUCUCUCUCUCUCCCUGUAGCUGUCUCUCUCUGUCUCUCUCUCUUUGUCUCUGUAGCUCUCUCUCUCUUUCUCUCUCUCUCUCUGUAGCUGUCUUUCUCUCUCUCUCUGUAGCUGUCUCUCUCUCUUUCUCUCUCUCUGUCUCUGUAGAUGUCUCUUUCUCUCUGUCUCUCUCUGUCUCGCUCUCUCUCUGUUUCUGUCUCUGUCUCUGUGUCUCUGUCUCUGUAGCUGUCUGUCUCUGUCUGUAUCUCUGUCUCUAUCUCUCUCUCUGUCUCUCUCUCUUUCUGUCUGUCUCUCUCUGUAGCUCUCUCUCUCUCUCUCUCAUCAGAUUCCUCUCUGUAGAUGUAUUUCUCUCUCUCUGAAGCUGUCUCUCUCUCUCUCUCUCUCUCUCUCGCUCUCUGUCUCGCUCUCUCUCUGUCUCUGUGUCUCUGUCUCUGUAGCUGUCUGUCUCUGUCUCUGUCUGUAUCUCUGUCUCUAUCUCUCUCUCUGUCUCUCUCUCUUUCUGUCUGUCUCUCUCUGUAGCUCUCUCUCUCUCUCUCUCAUCAGAUUCCUCUCUGUAGAUGUAUUUCUCUCUCUCUGAAGCUCUCUCUCUCUCUCUCUCUCUCUCGCUCUCGCUCUCGCUCUCGCUCUCGCUCUCGCUCUCGCUCUCGCUCUCUCUCUGUGUGAUGUGAAGAUAUGUGUCACAUUGACAGACGUCAGUCAACCAACAUGACACUAGGUUUUGUCAAUGUCUGAUGCGACGCUGCCUCGCAGAGUGACACAACCAACCCCAAUGCUUGGUCACUAUUCCAGCACACACCAACAGUAUCAAACAAACACCUACAUUACAAAGCCAAUAGCUGUAAAGCUGAUUGGAAUGGCAUUCAUUUCUUCAUUUGAACUCGUAGGUAGAGAAGAAAAUCAGAGUGGUCUUGUUGAGAGAGAUCAUAGCAGACUUUGAUCAGGGUCUUACAUAGGCCUGUCUUAACAGUUCCUUUCUUUUCUCUUUUUCUUCCGUUAGUUUACAGGAAAAGCCAGCUAAUCAGCUAACGAGCCAGUGCUCUGAACAUGUGUAGUAGUCAGUGGCUUUGUGCCAACCUACAAUAUAACACUGCCAAGAACUGAGCCUUUUCUGUUGUCUAUUACCCUUGUGCGUAAUGGUUUUGUGUGUGUGUAAUGAAUUGCCUCUUGCAGCUCCCAGACGGUCAGUUCUGCCAAUUAUUCUCGUUGGAGUUUUUCCCAUUCCUGUUAUAUUGGCAGAUUAUGGAAUGUCGUGGAGUUAGGGCUGGGCGAUAUGUCCCAAAUAUCAUAUCACCGUAUAAAAAAAUACAAUAAAAAUAGGUAUGAUGGUAUUUUAUGGUACUUUAUGUUUUUGAAUAAUAAAAGUUCUACAUUUGCUUCAUGAGUAGUGCGUGACCCUAGGGUGGCAACACAUACAUUCUAAGGGAUUUCAAUGGGACUUCCCUCAUUCUGAUUGUUUUAUACUGUUCAAUUCAACUUCAACCAAAAAUAAUUUUCAUAAUUUUCUGUAUUUCCUGCACUAAUUUAAGAUCAUUUCCACACUGCCACGUAGGGCUGCAUGAUAUGGGCAAACAACCUAGGCCUUAUUUUUAACUAAAUGUUGCAAUUGCGAUUUGAUUUGCGAUUUAGAGCAAAACACUUAAGUGAACUGUUGGAGUCAUAGAAAUAGAAUGAUUAUUCUAAUUCUAUAAUUAGAAUAUAAUAGUGGGCACUUUGAAUACAGUGUUGUUUGACAUGACAACAAAUGAAAAGGCCAGGGAGGAGUUACUGUGACAGGGUAGGAACCAAAGUGUUGAUAAGUGUUUACUAGGGUCCCUAUAAUCUUUGGUUACAUUUAAUGUUUUCUCUUAGCUACUUCAUAUAGCUAACAUAUUCAUGCUUCACGUAGUCCUCUUUGAUUUAGAAGAUAGUGUUGCACAAACAACAUGCUGAUUUAGGGCUACACCAUCACUGGUAUUAUCAGGUUGUAUAGCUAGUUACGUGUUUAUCAUUAGCGGCUAACACGACUUGCUAAGAAAAUACAGACUGCUGAGAGAGAGAGAGAGAGAGAGAGAGAGAAUUAUAAAAAUGGACGUUAUAGAAGGUAAAGUAAAAAUUAAAACCGGUAUAUCGUAAAAUACAGUAUACCGCUCAGCCCUAAGUGGAGUAGAGACUGUUCUCCCGUCUCAUUGGAUCAGAGUUGGCCGACGUGAGGUCAGGCUUAUCUCAACUGUAAUCAUCCUCACACCUUUCACUCACUGGUUAGUGAGGUAGCAGCUAGUUCUCCCAAGGAAUCCUGCUUGCUUUCUGUGGGUGCAUCUCAAUAGUCUAGUGGUUUCCUCUCCUUGGGUCCUUUACUUAAUUUACAGUGAUCUGGGAACAUGGGGUAGGUGAAAGCUGUAUAUUACCAUUACAGAGUAGUACCCUGCAGUUCAUGUACAGUGUUCUCAGGACCACGCGCUUAUUUAUGCCCUAGUCUGGUUUGGUCUGUACUCACUGUUUCUUAAAUCUACUCUCUGUGGGUCUGCUGUGUAGUCAGACCACGCACACACGCACAAACACACACACAUGCUUGCGCACGCACAUAUGCACACAGACACACACACGUGCUUGCACACACACACACGGAUGCCCACAUUCCAGCGUUAGUAUUCUGUCACACACUAGCAAUAAUAUGGAGAAAGUCCAAGGCACCAACAUCUUAUCCAAGUCUGUGUGUCUCCAAAGCUGGUUUUGAUGAAGGACCGAAAGCUUUCCAUAUUACUCUCAUCUUCUUGCCUUCUUGUCCUGCUGUAUCUCUAUCUGUAUCUCUAUCUGUAUCUCUAUCUGUAUCUCUAUCUGUAUCUCUAUCCGUAUCUCUAUCUGUAUCUCUAUCUGUAUCUCUAUCUGUAUCUCUAUCCGUAUCUCUAUCCGUAUCUCUAUCCGUAUCUCUAUCCGUAUCUCUAUCUGUAUCUCUAUCUGUAUCUCUAUCUGUAUCUCUAUCUGUAUCGCUAUCUGUAUCGCUAUCUGUAUCGCUAUCUGUAUCGCUAUCUGUAUCUCUAUCUGUAUCUCUAUCCGUAUCUCUAUCCGUAUCUCUAUCCGUAUCUCUAUCUCUAUCUGUAUCUCUAUCUGUAUCUCUAUCUGUAUCUCUAUCUGUAUCUCUAUCUCCAGCUACAUGAUGUUGAUGUGAGGUCUGAUCCUGCUGAGACACGGGUUUACAGCCAAACAGGAAUCUAAUUCAAAGAAUCUGGAGUUAACACCCUAAAUGUGCACGCCAGUGAAUUAAUUUGACAAGUUCAGUAUCUUCUCGCUUAGCCUACUUCUUUUAGUCAGUAGUCACACCUUAAAACCUGAGCCUUGAGACUUUGAGGUUCUAUAGGUACUAGGCCUGUGUAAUUGACUACAAACCAAGCUGUACUCAGUGCAUGAGGGUGAGCCUAGUCUGUGCCAGAAGGUCUUAGUGAGUCUGUAAGCAGGGUUUGGCUUGGCUGCCAGUCUCUACUCUUAAUGAAUGAGCUUGUUGCUGUGAAGCUCUUAGGCACUCUCCUUUUAUCAUCCCUGGGCUGGAGACAUGGACAGGCUUGGUCUCCUCAAACUAAACCCUCACACACACACACGCAAGUACACACUCUCACAUAGGGCUGGGCGAUAUGGCCUAAAAAUCGGAUCUUGUUUUUUUCCCCAAACUUAUGGGCGAUUCACGAUAUAUAUCUAGAUUUAUUUUUAAACCUUUUUCUCUAAAUAAGCAUUGUUGCACAAUUAUAAUAUAAUAAUAUAAUAUGCCAUUUAGCAGACGCUUUUAUCCAAAGUGACUUACAGUCAUGCGUGCAUACAUUAUAUAUAUAUAUAUUUUUUGUGUAUGGGUGGUCCCGGGGAUCGAACCCACUACCUUGGCGUUACAAGCGCCGUGCUCUACCAGCUGAGCUACAAAGGACCACCACAAUUAAAGGUUAAUACACUGCAUUUCAAACAGUCAGGAAUAAUCUAAUGAAUUCACGGCUUGUGAAGUUAUACCCAGGCUAAAUAUAAGCCUUCAACCAUAAGACCCACUAAUAAUUUAAUUAUUUUAUCAAAAUAGUUUAACCAGCUUUUUUGCAGUAAUCAAUGAUCUGGCUUUCAAAUCUGUCUAUGAAAAGGCAGUUUUGUUACAAAUUUAACCAGAACCAUGGACAAUGCACAUUGACUAAUAAUGACCAACUUAUGGUAGCAGGCAUUAUAGAAAAUUAACACAGGUCUCAAACAAUCUCUCAAGCACAAGCCCACUGCUAGUGAGUAGCCAGCUGAUCUUUAUUUUUAAAGUCUAGCCAAAUAUCUAUUUUCUUGCUAACAAGGUAUAACAGUUGAACUGUUAUGAAUACACCCUCUUGUCCUUCUCCAACUGUUUGAACAACAUAGCCUACCUGGAUAAGAAGAUGCUUAUUUCUCAGAUUGAGAACGAGUUGCCAAUACCUUAUAUAAAUACGACUUUUUAUGCUACAGGCAUUUGGAACAUCGCGCUAAAACAUACAUACUCUCACACACGCAUGCACCCACGUCGCCAUGAAUCCCACCGACCCCCAGCUAGUAGUGUACUCUUUCAUAGAGCUGGACCCAUGGACAGUGUGCUAUGUAGAACCCCUAGACUGUAUCUCUGCUCCAGAUAACACACCCACACACACACAAUCACAUCCUCUUUUUCUGUCCACACACACACCGACCACUCCCCUCUGAGCUGGGGCCCAGCUGCACUGAACACUCUGGCCUUUGUGUGAGAACAGCUGGCUGCAGUCACACACUGCAUGUUGUUGAUUUGAUUUGAUACUCCCCCGACACACACACAUACACACACACACACACACACACACACACACUGUUCCACGUAUGCCUAAAGCCAUCCAUUCCCACUGGGCACAGACGUCAAUUCAACGUCUAUUCCACGUUGGUUCAACGUAAUGUCGUUGAAUUGACAUGGAAUAGACGUUGAUUCAACCAAUGUAUGUUGAAUCAACGUCUAUGUAUGUAAUGUUUGUGAAGAAUUGAUUACAUUUGCUGGUUGUGUUCUGUUCAGUUCUAUAUGUAUUGGGACAAAGCCUCUGGUUCUUCCACCAUUAGACCAAUGCAGAGUCCGUUCAGGCCCUGGUGACAUCAGCACUCUGGCUGUAGACUGGGAAACACACUCAGACCGGAGGGAGAAGUGUGUGCCUUGGACCGGACAGUGGUUGAACUACUUUGCGACCGUGUUGCUCUCGUUAAUGGAGGUACGCAAAUGCCCUAACGAGGCGUUUCUUGAGGCAUUAAUUCCGUGUAGUUACAGGGUUAAAACAGAAACAACUCAAAGGGUUAAGUUAAGGUAUUAAUUCUGAGUGGUUAUAAUUAAAAACAAAACGCUGUUUCCAUCAACUAUCAUCAAGUAUUCUCACGGCUUGCUAAAGCAUUGUGAACUGCGGUGUUGCAGUGUUCUAAGCAGCGCGCUCUGGCUCCGAGCAUCAGAGGAAGGCAUAUAUCGAUGUUCUCAGGACCUUUUCAAACAUCCGGAAUCGCCAUCUAUUUCUAGUGAUCAGGCUGAAUACCCCACCCAGUUACUGCCUUGCCUCCUAACUCGUGGUGCCAGAAACAAACUACUACAGUAUGUCCUACUUCAGUGGUUCCCAACCAGGGGUACUAGGACCCCAGGGGGUACUUGACCCAUCCACAGGGGGUACUUGAGAAGAAUCAUGAGACUAAAAGCUUACUGGUAAAAUGCACAUGAGAGGGUACUCCGGGUAGAGUAACAUUUUGUUGGUUGUACAGUAACUGAAAAGGGUUGAGAACCGCUGUCCUACUUGAACAAGACAUUGGUUUGGGUGAUUUGAAAGUUUGUUGUAUAUUUGCAUCUGUUGCGUAUGUGUUAGCAUAGGCUGUGUCUCUGUGUUUGUGUGUAUGAGAGGUGGAUAGACAGAAAGUCUGAGGCUGUGUCUCUGUGUUUGUGUGUAUGAGAGGUGGAUAGACAGAAAGUCUGAGGCUGUGUCUCUGUGUUUGUGUGUAUGAGAGGUGGAUAGACAGAAAGUCUGAGGCUGUGUCUCUGUGUUUGUGUGUAUGAGAGGUGGAUAGACAGAAAGUCUGAGGCUGUGUCUCUGUGUUUGUGUGUAUGAGAGGUGGAUAGACAGAAAGUCUGAGGCUGUGUCUCUGUGUUUGUGUGUAUGAGAGGUGGAUAGACAGAAAGUCUGAGGCUAUGUCUCUGUGUUUGUGUGUAUGAGAGGUGGAUAGACAGAAAGUCUGAGGCUAUGUCUCUGUGUUUGUGUGUAUGAGAGGUGGAUAGACAGAAAGUCUGAGGCUGUGUCUUUGUGUAUGUCUUGAAACUAUAGGGUGUGUGUGCAUGCGUACGUGUGCUUGCAAGUGUACGUUUACAUGUGACAAGCUUGCGUGUGUAUGUGAAGGAGAGACGGGGCCAAUGUGUUGUGUGUUAAUGACAGUCUGAUGAUGUACCUUCCUCUCACCCCUCAUGAUCACAUUCCACAGCUCCCUGGGGCCUCUCCUGGCCCUGCCCCUCCCUCUCCUGGCCCUGCCCCUCCCUCACCUGGCCCUGCCCCUCCCUCACUCCCUCCCUCUCCUGGCCCUGCCCCUCCCUCGCUCCCUCCCUCUCCUGGCCCUGCCCCUCCCUCCCUCCCUCACCUGGCCCUGCCCCACCCUCGCCCCCUCCCUCUCCUGGCCCUGCCCCUCGCUCCCUCUCUUGGCCCUGCCCCUCGCUCCCUCCCUUUCUUGGCCCCUGCCUCGCUUCCUCCCUCUCUUGGCCCUGCCCCUCCCUCCCUCACCGCAGCCAUGCCUCUGGUGUGGGAGAGAGGGAGUGAGGGAAAGCAGGAGCGAGCGAGAGAGAGGAAGGAAUGUGGUGGAGUGGGCAGUAUAGUUGUGGCUGACUAAUUUUGCCUGCCCACUCCACCCAGAUCUCUCUCUUACUCUCCAUCUCGCUCUCUACUGCUUUCCCUAAGGUCCAUCCUUCUCCUUCCAUUGUUCUAUCUCUCCCUCUCUGUCCCCCCUUCUCUCUUUCAAUUUCAAUUCAAUUUAAGGGGCUUUAUUGGCAUGGGAAAUAUAUGUUUACAUUGCCAAAGCAAGUGAAAUAGAUAAUAAACAAAAUAACAGUAAACAUUACACUCACAAAAGUUCCAAAAGAAUAAAGACCUCCCAGUCUCUCUCUCUCUCCCCCAAUCUCUGGCAGCUUCAUUAAAUAGUACCCGCAAAACACCAGUCUCAACGUCAACAGUGAAGAGGCGACUCCGGGAUUCUGACCUUCUAGGCAGAGUUGCAAAGAAAAAGCCAUAUCUCAGACUGGCCAAUAAAAAGAAAAGAUUAAGAUGGGCAAAAGAACACUGGACUUUUUCUUUGCAACUCUGCCUAGAAGGUCAGCAUCCCGGAGUCGACUCUUGACUGUUGACGUUGAGACUGGUGUUUUGCGGGUACUAUUUAUUGAAGCUGCCAGUUGAGGACCUGUGAGGCGUCUGUUUCUCAAACUAGACACUCUAAUGUAUUUGUCCUCUUGCUCAGUUGUGCACCGGGGCCUCCCUCUCCUCUUUCUAUUCUGGUUAAAGCCAGUUUGCGCUGUUCUGUGAAGGGAGUAGUACACAGCAUUGUGCGAGAUCUUCAGUUUCUUGGCAAUUUCUCGCAUGGAAUAGCCUUAAUUUCUCCGAAGGAAGUUCUUUGUUUCUGGCCAUUUUGAGCCUAUAAUCGAACCCACAAUUGCUGAUGCUCCAGAUACUCAACUAGUCUCAAGAAGGCCCAUUUUAUUGCUUCUUUAAACAGCACAACAGUUUUCAUCUGUGCUAACAUGAUUGCAAAAGGGUUUUCUAAUGAUCAAUUAGCCUUUUAAAAUGAUAAACUUGGAUUAGCAAACACAACGUGCCAUUGGAACACAGGACUGAUGGUUGCUGAUAAUGGGCCUCUGUACACCUUUGUAGACAUUCCAUAAAAAAUCAGCUGCUUCCAGCUACAAUAGCCAUUUACAACAUUAACAAUGUCUACACUGUGUAUUUCUGAUCAAUUUGAUGUUAUUUUAAUGGACAAAAAAAUUGCUUUUCUUUCAAAAACAAGGACAUUUGUAAGUGACCCCAAAUGUUUGAAUGGUAGUGUGUGUGUGUGUGUGUGUGUGUGUGUGUAUAUAUAUAUAUAUUAGUGUAGAUCAGCUUUAAUAUUGCAGAUAGUUUGUGGCUUCUAUCAAUGUAAUUGUCUGCAUCAUUUCCAAUCCCCCAUAUAUAUUUUUUUAGUAAAUAAAUAUAUACAGUACCAGUAAAAAGUUUGGACACACCUACUCAUUCAAGGGUUUUUCUUUAUUUUUACUAUUUUCUACAUUGUAGAAGAAUAGUGAAGACAUCAAAACUAUGAAAUAACACAUAUGGAAUAAUGUAGUAACCAAAAAAGUGUUAAACAAAUCCAAAUAUAUUUGAGAUUCUUCAAAUAGCCACCCUUUGCCUUGAUGACAGCUUUGCACACUCUUGGCAUUCUCUCAACCAGAUCACCUGGAAUGCUUUUCCAACAGUCUUUAAGGAGUUCCCACAUAUGCUGAGCACUUGUUGGCUGCUUUUCCUUCACUCUGCGGUCCGACUCAUCCCAAACCAUCUCAAUUGGGUUGAGGUCGGGGGAUUGUGGAGGCCAGGUCAUCUAAUGCAGCACUCCAUCACUCUCCUUCUUGGUAAAAUAGCCCGUACACAGCCUGGAGGUGUGUUGGGUCAUUGUCCUGUUGAAAAACAAAUAGUCCCACUAAGCCCAAACCAGAUGGGAUGGCGUAUCGCUGCAGAAUGCUGUGGUAGCCAUGCUGGUUAAGUGUGCCUUGAAUUCUGAAUAAAUCACUGACAGUGUCACCAGCAAAGCACCAUCACACCUCCUCCUCCAUGCUUCAUGGUGGGAACCACACAUGCGGAGAUCAUCCGUUCACCUAUUCUGCGUCUCACAAGACACGGCGGUUGGAACCAAAAAUCUCAAAUUUGGACUCAUCAGACCAAAGGACAGAUUUCCACCUGUCUAAUGUCCAUUGCUCGUGUUUCUUGGCCCAAGCAAGUCUCUUCUUAUUAUUGGUGUCCUUUAGUAGUGGUUUCUUUGCAGCAAUUUGACCAUGAAGGCCUGAUUCACACAGUCUCCUCUGAACAGUUGAUGUUGAGAUGUGUCUGUUACUUGAACUCUGUGAAGCAUUUAUUUGGGCUGCAAUCUAAGGUGCAGUUAAUUGCCGAUUUCUGAGGCUGGUAACGCUAAUUAACUUAGAAUAAUAAUAAUAAUAAUAAUAAUAAUAAUAUAAUAUGCCAUUUAGUAGAUCCUCUGUAGCAGAGGUAACUCUGGGUCUUCCUUUCCUGUGGUGGUCCUCAUGAGAGCCAGUUUCAUCAUAGCGCUUGAUGGUUUUUGCGACUGCACUUGAAGAAACGUUCAAAGUGCUUGAAAUGUUCCCUAUUGACUGACCUUCAUGUCUUAAAGUAAUGAUGGACUGUCAUUUCUCUUUGCUUAUUUGAGCUGUUCUUGCCAUAAUAUGGACUUGGUCUUUUACCAAAUAGGGUUCUCUUCUGUACACCAACGCUACCUUGUCACAACACAACUGAUUGGCUCAAACGCAUUAAGAAGGAAAGAAAUUCCACAAAUUAACUUUUAAGAAGGCACACCUGUUAAUUGAAAUGCAUUCCAGGUGACUACCUCAUGAAGCUGGUUGAGAGAAUGACAAGAGUGUUCAAAGCUGUCAUCAAGGCACACUUUGGCUACUUUGAAGAAUCUAAAAUCUAAAAUAUAUUUUGAUUUGUUUAACACUUUUUUGGUUACUACAUGAUUCCAUGUGUUAUUUCAUAGUUUUGAUGUCUUCACUAUUAUUCUACAAUGUAGAAAACAGUAAAAAUAAAGAAAAACCCUUGAAUGAGUAGGUGUGUCCAAACCUUUGACUGGUACUGUAUAUACAACCUACUAAAUAGUUACACACGUAAACACACAUUCAAUCCCCCCUCUGUCGUGUGUUCACUGUCCUCCCCAUAUACAAAGACAUUCUUAUACACACACUUUAACUUACACUGUCAUGAAGCACACACACACACACUGCAGUUCCUUCUGUAGUGGUGUUCUGCUUUCUCUCUGUGUUCAGAAGCUCAUUGGAAGAUGAAGGUAUUUGGAUGCUUUGUUUAUAUUCAUUUCAACAAGUCAGCUAUGCUCCUGUGUUUACAUCCAUAGCUCCGUAUGAAUGUAUAUAUCAUGUCAUAGACAUCUUUAACAAUGUAAAUAUUAUUUAUCAUGCUGAAGCAUUGUAACUCUGGCAGUGUAUCAUAUGGAGAAAUCUAUUGGACUUCAGAACCACUUUGAACUUUGUGAACGUUAAGAUCUAUCAUUGUUUUUGGAGAUACUCUCUUUUGAAUUGAUAAUAAUGUGUUACUGUACUCUUAAGACAAAUGGCUGGAUUAAAACCAUCUUGGUGUAGGCCCACAGCUUUACCCUGCUUGGUUUGGCUUGUGGACAAUGUAUUUGGAUGCUUGAUUUAGAGCUGUUAGUGUAUUUAGCUUUCACUGCAUGUAAAGCCAGUGUGGUUGUAUCCUAAGCUGUGCUAUAUGUUCAAGAGGCAUAUAGUUUACCUAAUACAACACAUGUCUCUGUUACUGUCAUGAGAGAGCUAUGGUCCAUAAUUCAUGAAACCACUGGGUCCAAGAAGCCAAAAUGGCUCCACAUGUAGCCAAAUGGGUCCAAGCCACAUUCACUCCCAUCCAUCCCACUCUCCUUUGCAGUGUUCUGUUUGGGAUGGAUGGAAGGAGAGGAGAGGAAGACAGAGGGCUAUUUGAAGAAAAUGAUGUGGAGAGGGAGCGAGGGAGAGAAAGGUUUACUGAUAUUGUUUAUUUCACUUGCUUUGGCAAUGUAAACAUAAUGUUUCCCAUGCCAAUAAAGCCUGUUGAAUUGAGAGAGAGACUUUCUUAAAUAGAGGUGUAAGACUUGUUUAAAUACUCUUAUCGCUUUGAGUGAUAUAACAAAGAGAUUGAGUGAGAGAGAUUAAGACUGGUGUGCAUGUUUUGAUAUUAAACAUGUUUAAUUGGAUACAAAGCAGCAGAUGAGAUGUGGGUGGUUGUCAUAGCGAUGGGAUGUCAGUAGCUGGAUCUACUUUCCAACCCGAGAGAGAAGUAGCAGACGUGUUAGAGGGGAUCCUGAGUACUGAAUAAAAAAUGCAAAAAGACAAGUCCUAUUUAUGUUUUCACCUAUUUCUUUCUCUUUCCUACUUCCUCUCUCUGCAUCUCUCUCUCUCUCACUCUCUCUGCAUCUCUCUUUCCUGUUUUCUCUCUGGGGCUCUCUCUCGCUCUGCAUCUCUCUCUGGCUCUGCAUCUCUCUCUGCGUCUCUCUGCGUCUCUCUCUCUCUGCCUCUCUCUAUCUGCCUCUCUCUCUCUGCGUCUCUCUCUCUGUGUCUCUGCGUCUCUCUCUCUCUGUGUCUCUGCGUCUCUCUCUCUGUGUCUCUGCGUCUCUCUCUGCGUCUCUCUGCGUCUCUCUCUCUCUUUCUCUCUGCGUCUCUCUAUCUGCCUCUCUCUCUCUGCGUCUCUCUGUGUCUCUAGCUCUCUUUCUCUCUGCGUCUCUCUAUCUGCCUCUCUCUCUCUCUGCGUCUCUGUGUCUCUCUCUGCGUCUCUCUCUCUCUCUUUCUCUCUGCGUCUCUCUCUCUGCGUCUCUCUCUCUGCGUCUCUUUACGUCUCUCUCUGUGUCUCUCUCUGCGUCUCUCUCUUUCUCUCUGCGUCUCUAUCUCUGCGUCUCUUUACGUCUCUCUCUGUGUCUCUCUCUGCGUCUCUCUCUCUCUGGGUCUCUCUCUCUUUCUCUCUGCGUCUCUCUCUCUGCGUUUCUGCGUCUCUCUCUCUGCGUCUCUCUCUCUCUGCGUCUCUCUCUCUCUCUCUCUCUCUCUCUCUGCGUUUCUCUCUCUCUCUGCGUCUCUCUCUCUCUCUGCGUCUCUCUCUCUCGCUCUCUCUGCGUCUCUCUCUCUCUCUCUGCGUCUCUCUCUGCGUCUCUCUCUCUCUCUGCGUCUCUCUCUCUCUCUGCGUCUCUCUCUCUGCGUUUCUCUCUGCGUCUCUCUCUCUCUCUCUCUCCACGUCUCUCUCUCUGCGUUUCUCUCUGCGUCUCUCUCUCGCUCUAUCUGCGUCUCUCUCUCUGCGUCUCUCUCUCUCUGCGUCUCUCUCUCUCUCUCUCUGCGUCUCUCUCUCACUGCGUCUCUCUCUCUCUGCGUCUCUCUCUCUCUCUCUGCGUUUCUCUCUCUCUGCGUUUCUGCGUCUCUCUCUCUGCGUCUCUCUCUCGCUCUCUCUGCGUCUCUCUCUCGCUCUCUCUGCGUCUCUCUCUCGCUCUCUCUGCGUCUCUCUCUCUUUCUCUCUGCGUCUCUCUCUCUGCGUUUCUGCGUCUCUCUCUCUGCGUCUCUUUACGUCUCUCUCUGUGUCUCUCUCUGCGUCUCUCUCUUUCUCUCUGCGUCUCUCUCUGCGUCUCUUUACGUCUCUCUCUGUGUCUCUCUCUGCGUCUCUCUCUUUCUCUCUGCGUCUCUCUCUCUGUGUUUCUGCGUCUCUCUCUCUCUGCGUCUCUCUCUCGCUCUCUCUGCGUCUCUCUCUCUUUCUCUCUGUGUCUCUCUCUCUACGUUUCUGCGUCUCUCUCUCUGCGUCUCUCUCUCUGCGCCUCUCUGCAUCUCUCUCUCUGCGUCUCUCUCUCUGUCUCUGCGUCUCUCUCUCUCUCUCUCUGCGUCUCUCUCUCUGUGUUUCUGCGUCUCUCUCUCUGCGUCUCUCUCUCUCUGCGCCUCUCUGCAUCUCUCUCUCUGCGUCUCUCUCUCUCUCUCUGCGUCUCUCUCUCUCUCUGCGUCUAUCUCUCUCUCUCUGUGUCUCUCUCUCUGCGUCUCUCUCUCUGCGUCUCUCUCUCUCUCUGCGUCUCUCUCUCUCUGCAUCUCUCUCUCUGCGUUUCUCUCUCUGCGUCUCUCUCUCUGCGUUUCUCUCUCUGCGUCUCUCUCUCUGCGUUUCUCUCUCUGCGUCUCUCUCUCUGCGUCUCUCUCUCUGUGUCUCUCUCUCUGCGUCUCUCUCUCUGCGUCUCUCUCUCUCUGCGUCUCUCUCUCUCGCUCUCUCUGCGUCUCUCUCUAUCUGCGUCUCUCUCUCUGCGUCUCUUUCUCUCUCUGCGUCUCUCUCUCUCUGCGUCUCUCUCUCUGCGUUUCUCUCUCUGCGUCUCUCUCUCUGCGUUUCUCUCUCUGCGUCUCUCUCUCUGCGUCUCUCUCUCUGCGUUUCUCUCUCUGCGUCUCUCUCUCUGCGUCUCUCUCUCUGCGUCUCUCUCUCUGCGUCUCUCUCUCUCUGCGUCUCUCUCUCUCUGCGUUUCUCUCUGCGUCUCUCUCUCUCUGCGUCUCUCUCUCUCUGCGUCUCUCUCUCUUUCUGCGUCUCUCUCUCUCUUUCUGCGUCUCUCUCUCUCUGCGUCUCUCUCUCUCUGCGUUUCUCUCUGCGUUUCUCUCUCUGCGUCUCUCACUCUGCUUCUCUCUCUCUGCGUUUCUCUGUGCGUCUCUCUCUCUCUCUCUCUGCGUCUCUCUCUCUCUGCGUCUCUCUCUCUCUGCGUCUCUCUCUCUCUCUCUCUGCGUCUCUCUCUCUCUGCGUCUCUCUCUGUGUCUCUCUCUCUCUGCGUCUCUCUCUCUCUCUGCGUUUCUCUGUCUGCGUCUCUCUCUCUCUGCGUCUCUCUCUCUCUGCGUUUCUCUCUCUGCGUCUCUCUCUCUCUCUCUGCGUGUCUCUCUCUCUCUCUCUGCAUCUCUCUCUCUCUCUCUCUUUGUCUUCAUCUCUCUGUGUUGGCAUUCUGCUGGCAGUAUGAAGUAUGUAGCAGUGAUUUAGGCUCUCUGUUAAACUAUCUUGUGUAACAUUUCCUCUCCAUCUUGCUCCUUCCUGAUCACCCCUUCCUGAUCACCCAUAAACCCAUGUCUUGUCCUAGAUAAUCCACAUCACCUUCACAUUUGUAUUUUCCAAAAUUGUGAUGGGAGCAGGGAGGGUGUCUGUGUGUUAAUGUCUAGGAUCUCAUCAUGGGAAUCAGGGGUCCGCUGUUUUGACAGUUCCACUCUCUACACCCUCCCUCUGGUCGAGCCGGUCCCAAAGAGUGUGUGUGUGUAUGUGUGUGUGUGUGUGUGUACGUUAAAUGAUUCAGCAUCUUGGUGUCUGCAUGCCGGAGGGGAGGCAGAAGGGCAUAUUUAUUUUACCCCUGUGCCCCGACCGACCCACGCCUCACCGCACAGAGACACCAGAACGCUUUCAGGGACACACCCCACAAAUGUGCCCACGUGACACACACACAACAUUGUGCACCUCUCUAUAACUCGAGCAUCUAAGUACAGUGAGCGAUGAGCGAGCAUAGCAGAGAGAGAGGCAUUAUCUCAUUCGACGUUAUUCGUAUCGAAUAUCUCGUUCGUCCUCACAUCUCUCUCUCUCUCUCUCUCUCUCUCUCUCUCUCUCUCUCUCUCUCUCUCUCUCUCUCUCUCUCAUACACACAGACAUAACCCAUAAACGCAAACGCUCUUACUCAGUCAUUGUCUUACAUUUGAACUGAGCUGUCACUCUUAUCCUCUUCUUACUGUCUCGCUCCACACUCAAAGAUCAACCCUGUUCCAGUCAGUAAAAUGUCCUAACCCAUCUCUCCCUCCCUCUCUCUCUGCCUGCAGGACAGUGACAUACAGAAGAAAAUAGACCAUGAGAUCCGGAUGCGUGAUGGAGCCUGUAAGCUGCUGGCUGCCUGCUCCCAGAGAGACCAGGCCCUGGAGGCCUCCAAGAGCCUGCUCACCUGCAACACCCGCAUCAUGGCCUACAUGUCGGAGCUGCAGAGGAUGAAGGAGGCCCAGGUCAUGCAGAGGGUCGCACUAAGGUCAGAGGGCAAACGGGCAAGGGGGCGGGGUAGGAACUUAGAGGUGCAUAAAUGGAGCUAUCCCCAUAGGGUGAAGGGCUUAAUGUGGUCUGAGUGGGCAGGGUUUACAAUUAGAAUUUCCGUUGUUGACAUCCCCUUCUUUCUGUCUCUACCAGGUCAUCUGUUGCAGGGCCCACGGACGACAGACUACCCUGUAAGGGAAAGGUGGCCAUCUCAGGUAGGCCCCAGUAGUGUGUGUGUGUGUAUUUGUGUGUGCCUAUAUAAAGGAGAGAUGCAUGUCUACCCAAUAGCAGAGCUUCAUGUAGUCCACUUCAUCAGCCCCAGGUCCUGACACCCUGCCUCCUCAUCUCCUAUUAUGCUAUGCUGAUGCUGUCUGUCAUGCUGAGGGGGGGGCGGGGUCAUGAUGAUGAGCGAGAUCGUCUCUGGGUCUCAUAGCCACCCCCCACUGAGGACCCCACACUAGGGAGGGGUGAGGGUACAGUGGGGAAAAAAUGUAUUUAGUCAGCCACCAAUUGUGCAAGUUCUCCCACUUAAAAAGAUGAGAGAGGCCUGUAAUUUUCAUCAUAGGUACACGUCAACUAUGACAGACAAAUUGAGAGAGAAAAAUCCAGAAAAUCACAUUGUAGGAUUUUUAAUUAAUUUAUUUGCAAAUUAUGGUGGAAAAUAAGUAUUUGGUCACCUACAAACAAGCAAGAUUUCUGGCUCUCACAGACCUGUAACUUCUUCUUUAAGAGGCUCCUCUGUCCUCCACUCGUUACCUGUAUUAAUGGCACCUGUUUGAACUUGUUAUCAGUAUUAAAGACACCUGUCCACAACCUCAAACAGUCACACUCCAAACUCCACUAUGGCCAAGACCAAAGAGCUGUCAAAGGACACCAGAAACAAAAUUGUAGACCUGCACCAGGCUGGGAAGACUGAAUCUGCAAUAGGUAAGCAGCUUGGUUUGAAGAAAUCAACUGUGGGAGCAAUUAUUAGGAAAUGGAAGACAUACAAGACCACUGAUAAUCUCCCUCGAUCUGGGGCUCCACGCAAGAUCGCACCCCAUGGGGUCAAAAUGAUCACAAGAACGGUGAGCAAAAAUCCCAGAACCACACGGGGGGACCUAGUGAAUGACCUGCAGAGAGCUGGGACCAAAGUAACAAAGCCUACCAUCAGUAACACACUACGCUGCCAGGGACUCAAAUCCUGCAGUGCCAGACGUGUUCCCCUGCUUAAGCCAGUACAUGUCCAGGCCCAUCUGAAGUUUGCUAGAGUGCAUUUGGAUGAUCCAGAAGAGGAUUGGGAGAAUGUCAUAUGGUCAGAUGAAACCAAAAUAGAACUUUUUGGUAAAAACUCAACUCGUCUUGUUUGGAGGGCAAAGAAUGCUGAGUUGCAUCCAAAGAACACCAUACCUACUGUGAAGCAUGGGGGUGGAAACAUCAUGCUUUGGGGCUGUUUUUCUGCAAAGGGACCAGGACGACUGAUCCGUGUAAAGGAAAGAAUGAAUGGGGCCAUGUAUCGUGAGAUUUUGAGUGAAAACCUCCUUCCAUCAGCAAGGGCAUUGAAGAUGAAACGUGGCUGGGUCUUUCAGCAUGACAAUGAUCCCAAACACACCGCCCGGGCAACGAAGGAGUGGCUUCGUAAGAAGCAUUUCAAGGUCCUGGAGUGGCCUAGCCAGUCUCCAGAUCUCAACCCCAUAGAAAAUCUUUGGAGGGAGUUGAAAGUCCGUGUUGCCCAGUGACAGCCCCAAAACAUCACUGCCCUAGAGGAGAUCUGCAUGGAGGAAUGGGCCAAAAUACCAGCAACAGUGUGUGAAAACCUUGUGAAGACUUACAGAAAACGUUUGACCUGUGUCAUUGCCAACAAAGGGUAUAUAACAAAGUAUUGAGAAACUUUUGUUAUUGACCAAAUACUUAUUUUCCACCAUAAUUUGCAAAUAAAUUCAUAAAAAAUCCUACAAUGUGAUUUUCUGGAUUUUAUUUUCUCAUUUUGUCUGUCAUAGUUGACAUGUACCUAUGAUGAAAAUUACAGGCCUCUCUCAUCUUUUUAAGUGGGAGAACUUGCACAAUUGGUGGCUGACUUUCCCCACUGUAUGUGGGUUAUGGAAAGGGGUGUAUUUAAAAGGGUGAGGGUGGGGGUAUAAUGAGGGAAGAAUGGUUUAGGGGGUGAGGAUGACUUUAGGGGUGGAGGGGGAGAGAAUGAGGGGUGAGAAUUGAAACAUUUUAUGGUUUAAAGAAAUGAUGCAAAGGAGGUGGCGAACAAGUCCGGCUGCUCAGCUGAUUGGUUGACAUAUUGUCAAUGGAGAAAUAUUGUGAUUAAACUUAAAAAGAGAAAUAAAUUAUAUUAAACAAAGAUAAAUUACAUAAAACACAAUGGAAAAAUACUUUGGAGUACUUUCAAUGAUAUCAUGUGCAGAAAACCCAAUUCAUCUCCAUCGUUCAUUGAAGUUGAUGGAUAAUUUAUAACAAAAGCUUUCGAUAUUGCCAAUCAUUUCAAUGACUAUUUCACUACUAAAGUGGAAAAACUCAGACGUGAAAAGAAAACAUUGAACAGUGAACCAUCAUAUUUUUGUAUAAAAGUUAUAAUAAUGAAAGAAGGAUUGCUGUUGUUAUCCAUCAAUAAUGAUAAGCCACCAGGUAUAGACAACCUUGAUGGUAAACUAUUGAGAAUGGUAGCAGACUGUGUUAUAUAAUAUAUGCCAUUUAGCAGAUGCUUUUAUCCAAAGCGACUUAGUAAUGAGUGCAUACAUUUAAAAGAAGAAAUGUAUGUAUGGUCCCGGGAAUCGAACCCACAAUAUUGGCUUUGCAAGCACCAUGCUCUACCAACUGAGCCGUAUUGUCACCCCUAUUUGCUAUAUCUUUAACCAAAGCCUAAAGGAGUGUGUGUGUCCACAGGCGUGGAAGGAAGCUAAAGUAAUCCCACUGCCUAAAAAUAGUAAAGCACCCUUUGCUGGCUCUAACAGCCGCCUAAUCAGUUUGCUGCCUAUUCUUAGCAAACUGAUGGAGAGGAUUGUGUUUACAUUUACAUCUACAUUUUCGUCAUUUAGCAAAUACAAUGCUAUUUUUCAGAGAACAAGUUAACUACUGACUUUCAGCAUGCAUAUAGAUAAGGGCACUCAACUUGUACUGCACUGACUCAGAUGACUGAUGAUUGGUUAAUGGAAAUGGAUAAUAAGUUGGAGCUGUAUUGUUAGAUUUCAGUGCAGCCUUUGAUGUUAUUGAUCAUAAAUUGUUAUUGAAAAAACUAACUUGCUGUGGCUUUACAUCACCUGCCAUCACAUGGUUGGAGAGUUACUUAUCCAAUAGAACCCAGAGAAUAUUCUUCAAUGGAAGCUUCUCUAACAUCAGAUAUGUACAGUGCGGUGUCCCUCAGGGCAGUUGCCUUGGGCCGUUAAUCUUCUCUAUUUUUACACAAAGCUAGAAUUACUAUAUAUACGGCUGAUUCCACACACUACAUGUCAGCACCCAAAGCCAGUGAGCUCACUGAAAUUCUAAACAAGGAGUUACAGUCAGUAUCAGAAUGGGUGAUUUAAUAAUAAACGGGUCUUAAAUACAUCUAAAACUAAAAGCAUUGUUUGGUUCAUAACAUUGAGUAUGUUUACAUGCACAGUAAUAAUUCGAUAUUAAACUGAUUAUGGAAAAGUCAUAUAAAAAUCGAAAUAAGCAUAUGCUGAUUAAAACACCUGGUUUGCUGGGCAAUCUUAAGAAUUAUUAGGACAUGUAAACACCUUAAUCGGCGUUCCAGUGGUGUAUUUGAUCUGCGCAUGUGCUAGCACCGGUAGCGCAAAUCUCCCUCUUUAGCGCGAGUGAAGUGUCUUAGAAGUUGUUUUCACAUACAAACUUUAUAUGUCCGAACUCAGAAUCAAAUUUGCUUCCCAAAAAUAACAUGUGGUAGAACGUUUAUUUUGAUUGGCGAUUUUCUACAUUUAUCAGAGUGCCAUCAGGUAGUCUGAUUUCAGAUGUGUCCAUGUAAACAGGAUUAUUAGGGAAAUCAUUCUUCUUCCAAAGCAUGUAAGCAUUUUAAUCAAACUAUUAUAUUAAUCUGACUAUCCACAAUAAUUUCAGUAUUGUUUGCAUAUAACCAUACUCAUUCUCUAAGACCUAAACUUCAACUGGAUUUGAACAUAAAGGGUGUGACCAUUGUGCAAGUUGAUGAAGCCAAACUCCUAGGUAUAACAUUGGAUGGUCAAUUAUCAUGGGCAAGACAUAUUAACAAAGUUGUUGUGAAGAUGGUGAGGGGAAUGUCAACUGUACUAGUUGUUCAGGCUUUGGUCUUGUCCCAUCUUGAUUACUGUCCGUUAAUAUGGUCAUGUGCUGCAAACAAAGACCUAGCAAAGCUGCAGCUGGCUCAAAACAGAGCAGCACGUCUUGCCUUUUAACUGCACAUACAGAACUAACAUCAACAACAUGCAUGCCAGCCUUUCCUGGUUGACGGAUGACGAGAGAUUAACUGCUUCUCUUCUAGUUUUUAUGAGGAAUAUUACUGUGAAAACUUCCAGAUUGUCUGCAUAAUCAAAUAACAUUCAGCUCAGACACCCAUACAUACCCCACAAGACAUGCUACCAGGGGUCUGUUCAGACCCCAAGUCCAAAACGAAUUGACGGCAACGCACAGUUUUAUACAGAGCCAUGAUUGCAUGGAACUCCCUUCCAUCUCCAAUUACUCAAGCAAACAGCAAAAUUACCUUUAAAAAAACGGAUAAAAAAACAACUAAUGGAACGGCGGGGACGGUGAGGGGACACACGCGCACACACACACACUCUAACACACACACACACUCUAACACACACGACACACAACACAACACACACCAACACACACACACAAACACAACCACAACAAACACACACAACAACACACACAACACAACACACAACACACAACACAACAACACACACACACACCAACACAACACACACCAACACACACACACACAACACACACACACCACACACACACACACAACACACACACAACACACACACACACACCUAACACAACACACAACACACACACACAAACACUAAACACAAACACACAACACACAAACACAACACACACCACACACACAACACACACACACACACACGACCACACACACAUACAACACACUACCACACACACAACACACACACAAACACUAACACACACACACAACACACACACACAACACACACACACACAUUCUAACACACACACACACACUCUAACACACACACACACACUCUAACACACACACACUCUAACACACACACACACACACUCUAACACACACACUAACACACACACACACACUCUAACACACACACACACUCUAACACACACACACUCUAACACACACACACACACUAACACACACACACACACACACACACUCUAACACACACAUACUUUUUUGUUGUAUUGUUUGUAUAAUGUUUUAGUUGCAUUGUUUGGAUAUCGUUGUAUUUUAAAUUUGUAUGACUUUCCUUGUCUAUCAGUGUUUUGUUACUUGUCAUGUUUUAUGUUUUUUGUGGACCCCAAGAAGAGUAGCUGCUGCUUCUGCAAAAGCUAAUGGGGAUCAUAAUAAACAAAACAAAAUAAAAGGAUGAGGGUGAGAGUAGGGGGAAAGAGGUAAUUAAAGGAUUAUGAUGAACUGCACUGGCUCAGUGGGAGGACAGGUGGCUCUGAGGUCUGUUUUGGACAGGUGGCUCUGAGGUCAGCUCACAGCUGGAGGGCACACGCAUUCGCGCACACACACGAAGGGAGUAGUUGAGUUGAUGAACAGAAGUUGUGACUUAUCAUUGAUUGACUGGGAAGCCAUUUAGCUAGUAAGUUCAGCUCAGCGCAUGGGUUUCAGUUAGACUAGACAUACACUGUACAUACAUUCAUCAUACACAUAAGUGUGCGCACAUGUGUAUAUGUUACAUUUGUGGCUGAUUUCACUUUCACUCUGACUGUCCUUUGCCAUUGCAGAUCUGCGGAUCCCUCUCAUGUGGAAAGACACGGAGUACUUCAAGAACAAAGGAGGUGAGGAGUCGGUGUGGUAGAACUGGUGUGAAUAGAUUCAUGUCAGUGUGGUAGAACUGGUAUAAAUAGACUCAUCAAUGAUUCAUUUCAGUGUGGUAGAAGUGGUGUGAAUAGACUCAUCAAUGAUUCAUGUCAGUGUGGUAGAACUGGUGUUAAUAGAUUCAUCAAUGAUUCAUGUGCUAUUAUCUGUCGCUCUGAGUUUGUGUGAAGAGAUGUGAGUCGACUGAGUAAGUGAAGCCAUGUGAAUCGAAUAUAAUUUAGGUAAAGCCUCCCAGAGUAGGAGGGCUGACCUAGAAUUAGUUUCACCUUUUAGAUAAUAAUGAAUAACAUUGAAUGGACAGGUGGGGACCUGAUCCUAGAUCAGCACUCCUACUCUGAGAUGCUUUAUGGAAACAGGCCCUGGGAAAUAACUCUUAAGUAUACAAACUAAAGCAAUGAACAUGUGAGCAUAACAGUUCAUGCUCUUUUAAAAACACUUGUAGAUCUUAAGUUCUAUACGGCUGUUGAAAUGAAUGUACAUGUUUCUAUUUUUCCCUUGGUAAAGUCAGCAGCUCACUGACAAGCAGACAUUCCUACAGUAAGUAAUUUGGUAUGAUCUGGCUUAGAAACCUGCUGCACAGACAGCCCUCUUCUGUUCUGUUGUCUUUGCCAGUGCUACUGAAGCAGAGAGGCCUGGGUCUGCUUAGGAUCCGGUAAUUGUAGUUCUAGGUGCUCUUUUGAUACCGCUGUGUUAUGGUUUAUGUUGACUGCUACAUGUAAAGGUCAAAACGUUAUGGUAAAAAAAAGAACGUGCUGAAACCCAACUCCUUAGUGAGGUCUGCCCCUCACCGACAACGGGCAUGAAUUAAUCUGCAUGACCUAAUAGAUCUAAUGCAUAUUAAUAAACUCCGGGGACAGGAGUCUUGGUUGCCCAAGACGGCAAGCACAGAUUGUGUGCUUUUGAUCAGAGGUGGAAAAAGUACCCAAUUGUCAUACUUAAGUAAAGGUACCUUUAAUAGAAAAUGACUCAAGUGAAAGUCACCCAGUAAAAUACUACUUGAGUAAAAGUCUAAAAGUAUUUGGUUUUAAAUAUACUUAAGUAUCAAAAGUAUAAAUGAUUUCAAAUUCCUUAUAUUAAGCAAAGCAGACGGCACCAUUUUCUUGUUUUUAACAUUUACGGAUCGCCAGGGGCACACUCCAGCAUCCUUUACAAACGAUACAUUUGUGUUUAGUGGGUCUGCCAGAUCAGAGGCAGUAGGAGGGACCACGUGUUCUCUUAAUAAGUGCGUGAAUUUGACAAUUUUUCUGUCCUGCUAAGGAUUCAAAAUAUAACGAGUACUUUUGGGUGUCAGGGAAAAUGUAUGGAGUAAAAAGUACAUUAUUUUCUUUAGGAAUGUAGUGAAUUAAAAGUUGUCAAAAAUAUAAAUAGUAAAGUAAAGUACAGAUACCCACCCAAAAAUGACCUAAGCAGUACUUUAAAGUAUUUUUACUUAAGUACUUUACACCACAGCUUUUGAUACACGCACGCGCGCGCACACACACGCACUCACACACCCGCACUCACACUCCCAAAUACAUUUAGCGUAAAAUGAUACACUCACACACCACGCUGCAUGUGAAGAACCCACUUAAAGCUACUUAGGCCAGACUCUCACAGUGCGGAUGUCCAAGUCCAACAGCUGCUAGAGUUGGUGUUGUUCCUCCCAGUCUGUCCAGUGUGAGAGCCAAACCCACGAUUCUCCAAUAAUCUACUCUGUAGCCUCCGUCUGUUUAAAACAUCCACAGAGGGUGCAGGUAGUGCCAGAGGAGUUCUCAAGUGGGGAAAUCUAGUCAAAUCUAGUCAAAUGUCUUCCACAUGCUGCUUCUCACACCUCCCUCUCACUGCUCUCUCUCUGUCCCCCCUUCUCUCUUUACCUCUCCCCCCCUCUGUCUCUCUCUACCUCUCCCUUCUCUCUCUCUCUGUACCUCUCUCAGAGCUGCAUCGGUGUGCAGUGUUCUGUCUGCUCCAGGUGGGAGCGGAGAUUCACGACACAGACAUGGUGAUGGUGGACCGGACGCUCACCGAUAUCUGCUUUGACAACACCAUCGUCUUGUAAGUCCUAUUUUCCUGUUGGCUUGUGUGUUUACACAAUUAUUGGCAAAAGAGCUAAUCUGAUUGGUCAAAAGACCAAAUAGUGGAAAAAUAUCAGAAUUGGGCUGCCUGUGUAAACACAACCUUGCUAUCUUGUCUUUCACAUAGUGAGUAUUGUUUGGUCUUUAUAAGGGCAUGUUUAUUUAAUGUCAUGAUUGUAUCAUAAAGGUAGAUAAAUGGAUAUAUUUUGAAAUCCUGUAUCAGUAACUGAUACAUAUACACAGACUGUACAAACCAUUAUGAACACCAUUACAUAGACUGACCAGGUGAAUCCAGGUGAAAGCUAUGAUCCCUUAUUGAAAUCCACUUCAAUCAGUGUAGAUGAAGGGGAGGAGACAGGUUAAACUUUUUGGGCGACCUGACCAAAUUCAUAAUUUUUGCAUCUUUUACUUUCGGUUUUGUACACUAGCUUCAAACAACUGAAAAUACAAUAUUUUGGGUUAUGGAAAAUAUAUUUCACAGUGGUUUAGAUGGUACAAUGACUCUCUACACAAUGACUGCUUGUUUUGUCACAUAAACAGAAUCUAGGCAAACUAUUAGAAUUUUAGCAACCAGGAAAUGGCGGUGCGAUUUCUGCGUAUUGCAUAUUUAAAGGUUUUAGGGUUAACUUGAGGGUUAAACUAAUGGAUUCUGGAAAAUAUAGUAUCUUUCCCCAUAUUGAACAAAAUGUAAGUGAUUCAUUAAAUAUAAUUACAUAGAAUAUUCACAUACAGGUUUUGUUUUCCUUGUUCAUUCAUUUUAAGAGUUUGUCCUGAAAAUCAAUUGUUUCAUCAAUAUUUCUAUGCAUGUGUAUAAUUACAUUUUUGAUGUUUUAUGUACAAGAUGUAUACACUGAGUGUACAAAACAUUAGGAACACUUGUUCUUUCCAUGACAUAGACGGACAGGUGAAUCCAGGUGAAAGCUAUGAUCCCUUAUUGAUGUCACUUGUUAAAUCCACUUCAAUCAGUGUAGAAGGGGAGGAGACAGGUUAAAUAAGCCUUCAGACAAUUGAGACAUGGAUUGUGUAUGUGUGCCAUUCAGAGGGUGAAUGGGCAAGACAAAAUAUUUAAGUGCCUUUGAACGGGGUAUGGUAGUAUGUGCCAGGCGCACCGGUUUGUGUUAUGAACUGCAAUGUUGCUGGGUUUUUCACGCUCAACAGUUUCCCAUGUGUAUCAAGAAUUGUCCACCACCCAAAAGACAUCCAGCCAACUUGACACAACUGUGGGAAGCAUUGGAGUCAACAUGGGCCAGCAUUCCUGUGGAAUUCUUUUGACACCUUGUAGAGUCCACGCCCUGACAAAUUGAGGCUGUUCUGAGGGCAAAAGGGGCCGCAGCUGAAUAUUAGGAAGAUGUUCUUAAUCUUUUGUACACUGAGUGUACAAUGUAUAAGUAUGUGUUUUCUGUGUGUGUGUUUGCAUAUAGUUGUUUUUGCUGUGUCCAUGUGUGUGCAUGUAUAACUGUGUAUCUCUCCAUGUGUGUUUGCCGUGUGUAGCAGCGAGACCAGUCCAGGAUUUGAGCUGCGCGUGGAGCUGUACAGCUGCUGUUCAGAGGAGGACUACUCGUCAGGGAGCACGCCCAGGAAACUAGCCAGCAAACUGAGCAGCUCUCUGGGCCGCUCGGCAGGGAAGAAGCUCCGCGUCGCCAUGGACCCUGGAGCCUGCAGCCCUAUCAGCAAUGGAGGAGGAGCCACACUGCUGCUACCUCUGCCCUCAGUGGUGUGAGUGGGUUUAUGUUGUACACACUGAUAUGUAUUUCCAGGCAUGUAGUGUACAAUCAUUCGUACAGACACACAUAUGCAAUCACGCAUGCAAUGAAACACACACACAAAUUCACUGGCGGACACACAGACGUGUGUGUAUUUAGUCCCACAGUCCCACAGCUCACCAGUGCCUCUGCCAUGUGUUCUGUCCACAGGGGACCGAAGUACCAUCUCCUGGCCCACACCACCCUGUCACUGUCACACGUCCAGGACAGCUUCCGCACGCAUGACCUCAACAUCUCAGGCAACGGUAGGUCACAGUGGGGAUGUGGUUAGUCCAUGUGCAGUAAAUAUGGGUCAGACUUCUCUUUCUAUCUCCCGUUCUUUCUCUCCCUCCCUCUGUGUCAGUACCUCUCUCUCUCUCUCUCUCUCUCUCUCUCUCUCUCUCUCUCUCUCUCUCAGCCCUCCACACCUCUCUGAUUCAGAGGGGUUGGGUUAAAUGCAGAAGACACAUUUAGGCUGAAUGCAUUCAGUUGUGCAAAUGACUAGUUUCCCAUCUCUUUCUCUCUCUCUUUCUCCCCAUCUCCCUCCCUCUCCCAGCAAGGAUUUUAGCUGACUGACAGACUGUCAUUGUCAAGGUCAUAGUAAUAAAUCGGGGUCAGUGCUGUGUAAAACUCUAAUGAUGAGGUGUACAAGGGAGUAGACACCCUGACAUGUGCUGCUGCUUUAUUCAUUGCCCCUUACGGCUGUAAGAAAGUUUGAUGGGCACUCCACUGUUGUUCACGGCUCUCCCUGCAGCUGUGAGACUUUUAUUCCCUGCUAUUGUGUGUGUGUGUGGGGGGGGGGGUAGAUUAUUAUUUUUAGUUUAAUUUCUUUCUCCCUCUAUCCCCCUCUCUGUCUCUCCCUGUAGAGGACUGUUCCUACUGGGUGCCUCUCUACGGCAGUGUGUGUUGUCGCCUGGCUGCUCAGCCUCACUGUAUGACCCAACAGAUGAUGAGCGGCUGCUUGAAGGUCAAGGUGAGGGUGUUUGUGUCUGUCUGUGUGCGUGUGUGUGUGUUUGGGAAGAUAGCAAGGCAUGGCUCUCUCUCUAAUUAGCGCCUCUGUCUCUCACAGCAGUUGGGAGGUGACCUUCAGAGUUGGACAAACAUCUACGGCGUCCUUAAAGGGACAAACCUUUUCUGUUACCACCGGCAAGAGGAUAUGGAGGCUAACGUAGAGCCAGUUUUUACCAUUGCCAUCAACAAGGUCAGUCAGUGGAUGAAAAAAAGUUUUUCCCACAUAUGCACACUCUCAACAUGAAAUAAAAAAGCAUGCUAGCUGGUGGCCCCUGACCCACAGUACAAAGCCCGGUUUCAGCUUCAGACAGUGAGCGACAGUUCUGUGGAAUCAUGCAUCAAUCAGCUGCUCUCAGGAUCAAGCUGAAACCUGUGAGGAACAGGACACUGCCUCCACCUACUGGUGGGGAUGGGGAAAUACAGUACCAGUCAAAAGUUUGGACACCUUUAUUUAUUACUAUUUUCUACAUUGUAGAAUAAUAGUGAAGACAUCAAAACUAUGAAAUAGCACAUAUGGAAUCAGGUAGUAACCAAAAAAGUGUUAAACAAAUGCAAAUAUAUUUUAUAUGUGAGAUACCCACCCUUUGCCUUGAUGACAGCUUUGCACACUCUUGGCAUUCUCUCAACCAGCUUCACGUGGAAUGCUUUUCCAACAGUCUUGAAGGAGUUUCCACAUAUGCUGAGCACUUGUUGUCAGCUUUACCUUCACUCUGCCUCCGACUCAUCCCAAACCAUCUCAAUUGGGUUGAGGUCAGGUGAUUGUGGAGGCCAGGUCAUCUGAUACAGCACUCCCAUCACUCUCCUUCUUGGUCAAAUAGCCCUUACACAGCCUAGAGGUGUGUUGGGUAAUUGUCCUGUUGAAAAACAAAUGAUAGUCCAUCUAAGCCCAAACCAGAUGGGAUGGCGUAUUGCUGCAGAAUGCUUUGGUAGCCAUGCUGGUUAAGUGUGCCUUGAAUUCUAAAUAAAUCACAGACAGUGUCACCAGCAAAGCACCCCCACACCAUAACACCUCCUCCUCCAUGCUUUACGGUGGGAACUACACAUGCGGAGAUCAUCCGUUCACCCACACCGCAUCUUACAAAGACACAGCGGUUGGAACCCAAAAUCUCAAAUUUAGACUCCAGACCAAAGGACACAUUUCUACCGUUCUAAUGUCCAUUGCUCGUGUUUCUUGGCCCAAGCAGGUCUCUUCUUCUUAUUGGUGUCCUUUAGUAGUGCUUUCUUUGCAGCAAUUCGACCAUGAAGGCCUGAUUCACACAGUCUCCUCUGAACAGUUGAUGUUGAGAUGUGUCUGUUACUUGAACUCUGUGAAGCAUUUAUUUGGGCUGCAAUUUCUGAGGCUGGUAACUCUAAUGAACUUAUCCUCUGCAGCAGAGGUAACUCUGGGUCUUCCUUUCCUGUGGCGGUCCUCAUGAGAGCCAGUUUCAUCAUAGUGCUUGAUGGUUUUUGUGACUGCACUUGAAGAAACUUUCUUGAAAUAUUCCGUAUUGACUGACCUUCAUGGCUUAAAGUAAUGAUGGACUGUCAUUUCUCUUUGCUUAUUUGAGCUGUUAUUGCCAUAAUAUGGACUUUGUAUUUUACCAAUUAGGGCUAUCUUCUGUAUACCCCCCCUACCUUGUCACAACACAAAUGAUUGGCUCAAACGCAUUAAGAAGGAAAGAAAUUCCACAAAUCAACUUUUAAGAAGGCACACCUGUUAAUUGAAAUGGAUUCCAGGUGACUACCUCAUGAAGCUGGUUGAGAGAAUGCCAAGAGUGUGCAAAGCUGUCAUCAAGGCAAAGGGUGGCUAUUUGAAGAAUCUCAAAUAUAUUUUGAUUUGUUUAACACUUUUGGUUACUACAUGAUUCCAUAUGUGUUAUUUAAUAGUUUUGAUGUCUUCAAUAUUAUUCUACAAUGUAGAAAAUAGUAAAAAUAAAGAAAAACCCUUAAAUGAGUAGGUGUGUCCAAACUUUUGACAGUGUACAUUGGAGUACUGUCAGUUCCCACACCUUAUACCAGUCAUUUCCUUUCAAAUCAGUGAAGGGAAGUGAGCAACUGCACACUUUGGGAGGAAUGAGAGAUAAUUGGGAUGUAGCUGAUAACUGGGACAGAUUCAUGCUUGAGGUUACUUGAGUGGACUUGACUUAUAUGUCACUCACUGCUCUUUGUGUCAGUAAGUGCAUUCACGCACUGUGAGUUGACGAGAAAAUAAAUGACUAUGCUUAAAUGUAUAUUUUUGGGGGAUAUUGAAACAUUUGGUGAAAUGGCAACAUCAGUAGCUGAUUGUGUCUGUGUGCGUGUCCUGUAUGUCAGAAGACAAUAAUAGGGGUGUCGGAGAAGGACCUCCACAGUAAGGCCCAGAGUAUCUGUAUCAGUAACCAUUAUGGAGGAGAGGAGGUGACACAUACACUCUCGGCAGACAGUCGUGAAGACACACACCGCUGGAUGGAGGCCUUCUGGCAACAGUUCUAUGACAUGAGUAAGUAGGCUGAUCACAUGAUUAGGGGCCUGAGUUCUUCAUUCAUUGGUGAGCUCAGGAAAAACUCCUGCCCUUGAGUAGACAUGAUACACACCUUACACUCUAGGUCCUGAUAUGCUCUUGUUCGUUUGCUCAUUGGCUCCUGAUGUGUCAUUAGUGGUUUUCUCAGCUUGAUUGGAUGUUGGAAGAUGAUUGACAACUUCCUUCUUCCCUGCAGGCCAAUGGAAGCAGUGCUGUGACGACUUGAUGAAGAUUGAGCUGCCAUCGCCCCGGAAACCAGCCCUGGUCGCAUCGAAACAGGGUUCUCUUUACCACGAAAUGGGUAAGACAGCGACCCAAACUGAUUCAAGAACUGUUACUAAUAUUUUCCAAAAUACUUUUUAUAUGAUUCAGUAAGAUGUUGUGGACACUUACACUUGAGUUUCUUUUCACUUUUAUUUAUUAAAUCUAGUAAUUUGAUAGUUAGUUUAUAGGUUUAGGGUUACAAAAAUUCUAGCUUAAUAAUAGGUUAAUAGGUUUACAAAAACAAAUAAAAUCAAUGAAAUAUAUACUGAACAAAAAUAUCAACGCAACAUGCAACAAUUUCAACGAUUUUACUCAGUUACAGUUCAUAUAAGGAAAUCAGUCAAUAUAAAUAAAUUCAUUAGGCACUAAUCUAUAGAUUUCACAUGACUGGGCAAUGGCGCAGCCAUGGGUGGGCCUGGGAGGGCUGGGGAGCCAGGCCCAGCCAAUCAAAAUGAGUUUUUCCCCAGAAAAGGGCUUUAUUACAGACAGAAAUACUCCUCGAUUUCAUCAGCUGUCCGGGUGGCUGGUCUCAGACGAUCCCGCAGGUAAAGAAGCUGGAUGUGGAGGUCCUGGGCUGGUUUAGUUACACGUGGUCUGCAGUUGUGAGACCAGUUGGACGUACUGCCAAAUUCUCUAAAACAACGUUGGAGGUGGCUUAUGGUAGAGAAAUGAACAUUACAUUCUCUGUCAACAGCUCUGGUGGACAUUCCUGCAGUCAGCAUGCCAAUUGCACACUCCCUCAAAACUUGAGACAUCUGUGUCAUUGUGUUGUGUGACAAAACUGCACAUUUUAGAGUGGCCUUUUAUUGUCCCAAGCACAAGGUGCACCUGUGUAAUGAUCAUGCUCUAUAAUCAGCUUCUUGAUAUGCCACACCUGUCAAGUGGAUGGAUUAUCUUGGCAAAGGAGAAAUGCUCACUAACAGGGACGUAAACAAAUUUGUGGCCAAAAUUUGAGAGAAAUAACCUUUUUGUACGUAUGGAUCAUUUCUGGGAUCUUUUAUUUCAGCUCAUGAAACAUGGGACCAACGCUUUACAUUUUGUUCAGUAUAUUUCCAGAGGAUGAUAGUCCCCUUAACAGCAUACGUGUUUCUGACUGUUCUAACAGUGGUGGUCCAUACGCAUGAGCUCUCCAUCAGACUCUAUUCUACGCUGCCUGCUACCUCACUAGCACACCAACCAACCUCUCUGUACUAUGGAUGGAAGUGUUAUUUUCUCUGACAUGCUAACUCACUCUCUCUCUCUCUCUCUCUCUUCCUUUCUCUCUCUCUCCUUGUGUGUCUCUCAAUCCUUCCUUUUUGGCUAUCACUGUCCCAUCUUUCUUCCCUGUCACUCUCCCUUGUUCCUGUGCUCAAAUUACAUUUCCCCCCUUUUUUCCACCGUUAUCAUUCUAUUCCCAUCAUUGUUAAUUUUACACUCCAAUCGAAUUCUAAUCUUCAUACAUUCUAAAUUAACUCAUUUUUACCGUGUUAUGCACAUCAUUUUAUUCCCCAAAUCAUAUAUCACAACUUUAUUUCACCUGUCAAUGCACAUAACACCUGCCCACCACCACCCUUCCUCACCCCCCUGCCUCAUGGGUUGCCCCCUCCCCCUCCCCCUGGACCCUAGCCCCCCUCACCACCCCAUCCUGUGAGGGUAUCUUGCUGCAGGAUAAUGCUGUGUCUGCUGAGAUUCGUGCUCUGCUCUCCUCCUAUUACAAUGACAGGUGAAGUACCAGUGGGGUCCACUCACACACUGCAGUGUUGAACCUGACCCCCCCCCCCCCCCCCCAACUAGCACCACCAAGUCUAGGCCUAACCUCUCUAAACUGUAUUCAACUGUCUCAACAUUAUUAGCAUGGUCUGUCCAACCACAAUAAUGACUUUCCUCCGCUCCUCCUAGUUAUUGACACCUCUGAUGACAUCAACACGGUGACGAACAUCCUGACGCAGCGGAUGCAGGAGCUGGAGCUGAGGAGCCAGCUGGGGACCUCUCCUCACUGGAUGUCCCUGUUCGAGGAGUCUCCUGGUCGCCCCCACACCCGCCACUGCCUCCCCCACAGCCCCCUGCGUUGCCCCUGGCCCGGCCUGCUCUCCUCAGACGCCAGCCUGACCUCUGACAGCGACAGCCCCUGCAGCACCAGCCCUUGCUCCCGCCACAGUGGCUGGGCCAAGCCCCUCUCCCUCUCCUCCCCCUCCUCACGCUUCCGUCCCCGCACCCUCUCCCUGGACGCCAAGCUCAGCACCCUCAGGGGCAGGGGGUAUGGAGGGGUGUUACAGUGCUCCUGUCAGCCCCCCUCCUCCUCCUCCCUUGCCCCCAUCCCAGCCCAAGGCGUUCCCCAGGCCACCCUGUCCUGCUCCAGCUCUACCUCCAGUAACAGCUCCAGCGAGGGCAGCCACAGCCCUGAGUUGUCAGACGGCACCUCUUUCUCACGGCCCUCUUCGGCCCGUCGGAGUCUCAGGAACUUGAGGGCUAAACUGGACCCCCGAAAUUGGCUCCAGAGCCAGGUAUAA